GGCUCCUUUAAGAGGAAGGGCAAAAUAUAAAUUCAACUAAUAAAUGACCCCAGGAUCAACUUCUUUGAAGACUAGUGGCUUCCUAGAAUCUCAGGUACUGGUGUUUUCCAUCCUUGCUGCCCAUUUUGCUGGAGAUACUGAAACUGGGAUUUCAGCAUCCUAGACAGGUACUCUGGUGCUGAUAAAUGAACAACAUACAAACAACUCCAGUAGUUUUCUCCCCCAAAUCAGGCUACUGGUCCAUCAAGACCAAGGGGUAGCCACCAUGGUGAUCUCAGAAAGUGGACUAUAGUUCCUAUCAUCCCUGACCAUUGGCUAACGUGAAUGGGAAUUUUAGUCCAUACUCUGUAGAUGAUCUAGCCCAAUAUUGUAUUCCCUGAUCAGCAAUGGCUCCCCAAGACCCUAGGUUGAUGUUCCAUUUCUUUUCACCUCCACACUUCCUGCUUCCUCUUUCUCAUUCAAAAAUAAAAGUGUGCGCUGCGCAAUUCCAAAUGGUGAAGGGGUGUGUGUGUGCACGCACACACACACAUUAUUCCACCCUCCCCUUAAUGUGCCGUAGGCCUCUGAAACGCCAGUCAAGGUGCUAAUCCCAAAAUGAAAAUCUAGAGGAAGUGAGAAAAGCCUUGGAUGAAUAUUUUACCAUUUAAGAAGUGAUGACAGAGGCAAAAACAGAAUGCAAAAGGGAUGCUUCUAGGGAGGUCGGAUGGGAGCAAGGACGGAUGCUAUAUAGCAGAAUUUUCCCCAUUUAUCAUUGACAAGGGGCCAAAAUGAAUAAAGUAAACAGUAUAAAGCAGUCUGCAUUGCUUGUUUUGGAACAUAUAAUGUCAUUGAUUUGCAGAAAAAGGCAUGUUCAUAUACCUUUUUUAAAAUUACCGUAUUUUUUUGCUCUAUAAGACUCACUUUUUUCCCUCAUAAAAAGUAAGGGGAGAUGUGUGUGCGUCUUAUGGAGCGAAUGCAGGCUGCGUAGCUAUCCCAGAAGCCAGAACAGCAAGAGGGAUUGCUGCUUUCACUGAGCAGUACUCCCUCUUGCUGUUCUGGCUUCUGGGAUUCAGAAUAUUUUUUUUCUUGUUUUCCUCCUCCAAAAACUAGGUGCGUCUUAUGGUCUGGUGCGUCUUAUGGAGCGAAAAAUACGGUACAUUUCCAUUCUGCUCUUCCUCCAAGGAGUCUAGGCUGGCAGCUAUCAUCCUCGUAACAGUAUACCAGUGAGAUGGGUCAGGCUAUGUAAUGGUGACUGCUUGUUCCCCCCCACAAUCACCCAGCAAGCACUGUGCCUAAAUAGGGAUUUGUUGGUUGCUGAGUAUGUUUGUCAAAGUCUUUUACAAAUUUUAAACAUUUGUAUGGAUUUUAUGUCAGUUCAGGGUCACAUAAGGACACAAGGAGACCCCUCUGGAUUAGGCCAAUAGCCCAUCUGGACCUGUUCUCACAGUGGCCAACCAAAUACCUGUGGGAAGCCUCCAAGUAGGACCGGACACAAGCACACUCUCCCCUCCUGUGGUUUUCAGAAGCAUUGCCUCCACCAUGACCAGUAGCCAUUGAUAGACUUAUCCUCCAUGAAUUUGCCUAAUCUACUUUUAAAGUCAUCCAGAUUGUCAGCCAUCACAACCUUCUGUGGCAGUGGGUUCCAUUGUUUAUGUACUGCAUGAAUAGGUUCUUGUUUCUAUCUGAAUCAUUCAGCUUCAUUGGAUGUCUAUGAGUUCUAGUGUUUUCAGAGAGGAAGAACUAUUCUCUGUCCACUUUCUAGAUGCAAGGCAUAAUUUUCUAAGCUUAUUUUAUGUCACCUCUUACUUGUCUUUUCUAUAAACUAUCAAGUCCAAAUGUGGCAACCUUUCUUCACAGGGUCUUUGCUUGCUCCAUCUCCUUGAUAAUUCUGGUUGUAUUAACCGCUUUCAAUUUUAACCUGAGGGUUGCCAUUUGUUCAGUUUUAACUUUUUAAAAAACUUUUUAAAAAUUUUAUUUCAGGAUUUUUACAUACAUUAUAUUAUCUCCUUCCAAUUUUUAAAUUUCCCGUACAAUUUUUCCUUCCCCUCCCUCCCCCCCUGCAAUAUCUAUUGGAAGGGUUCAAACAAUUAUCCUCAGCCGACUUCCGGUCAGCGCCAGCAGCAAUGGCGGACCUCCUUUGAUCUUCGGAGGGGGUAGCUCAGCGGGAGAUCGGGUCCUGUGCGCUCCGGCGAAGCGGGGACCCUCAGAAAUCGCAGGCGCGGACGCCUGCGAACGUGGAGGCUCGGCGGGCACCUUGGAGCGCCCCCCCAACCCGAAAGGAAGCCUUUUUUGAGGCUUCGGAAGGGAGCGGGGGAGAAGCGCGGUGCUGCGAGCGGAUCGCUGCUCUCACUGAGCGAAGCCGUGUUGCCGUUGCAGGAGAGCGCUGACUUAUUCCUGGGACAUUUGGACUUAAAAAUUAACCGUGAGUAGAAGAAUUGGAUAAAAGAGCAUUAUUUGGACUAAUUUGGACUAUUUGUGAAAAAGCGGAAAAGUUUUAAGCCGUUUAAAAACGUCUGAAUUGGCUACCGCGGUGGAAGCGUAAACAGGAAGUCCGCUUCACUGCACUGUAUAAGGAAUAAAGCAAAGAGAUUUGGAGCUAAACGUGGGAAAACUGAACUGAAAUAAGUGUUUCUUUCUGACCUGAGAACUUUGGAAGGAUCUACCCUUUGGAGGGUUAAGGGAAAGACUCUUGAUUUUACCGGACUGUUUAAAUUGAAGGAUUAAAUGAGUGAUCUGUCAGUGGGACGUCUCAGCUGUCAAAGCUGUUAAGGCUGUUUGCUGGCUGCAAAGGAGAUACACUGUGGCCAACUUCAUUGGGAAAAGAUUGGAAAGGACUGGAAAGUUAUAUUGUGUCCUCUAUUCUUGACUCUUUUACUUAGUAUCUUUCCCCUGUUAUUUUAAAAAGACAGUAACUUGCUAGGUGGUAACAGUGUCCAUCUAGUGGGACUCUCUGCAAUUGCAGGAAAGGAAAGGAAUUUUCCACUUAUAAACAGGAACAUCAGACGUGGGAAAGGAAUUUGACCUUCACUUUGUUAUGGCUGAUGGUCAAAAGGACCAGUCAACUUUGAGAUCAGGGAAACCUUGGACACAUAGAAGGCAAUCAUCUGCUGGCUUGCCCGCAUCGGCAAUACAAUCUAAGUCUGGUGGAAUGUCUGAGGAACUUUUAGCCAGUGCUCUGACUAAGAUUAAUGAAUCAAUACAGCAAUUAAGUACAAAAGUGGGGGAGACGAAUAGCAAGGUGGAAGAGACGAACCAGAAAGUGGAUAUUGCAAACAGGAAAAUUGAUUUAAAUACAGAAACAUUAGGCAAUUUGGAGAAAAAAGUAAACAGCAAUACGGAAUCUAUCCAGAAACUAUUGCAAGACUCAAAGUCUAUACAGGAAAAAACUGCUGCCGUAGAAUUUAAAUUGGGGCAAUUGGAAACUGAAAAAGUACCAGACUUGCAGAAAGAGAUUGCAGAACAUAAGUUAACGUUAUCUAUGAUUGACCUGAAAGACAAACAAACAAAUCUUAGAAUUAGAGCUGUUCCUGAGUUGGAGAAAGGUACCUUGAUAGACUUUUUGACACAAGAAUUUUUGGACUUUUGGAAAUCGGAAUUGAAACAAGAGGAUUUUAAGAUUGUGAGGGCUUUUCGACUGGGGAAAGGAGGAAGAAAGAUCAAAAUAAGGGACUGUUUGAUCACUCUCCGAUCCAAAGAAGAAAGGGACAAAAUUUUGGGCUUACAUUACGAAAAACCUUUGACAAUUAUACAAUCAAAAGUGGAAAUUUUCAAAGAUAUACCAAAACAUCUUCUUGAUUUAAGAAAGGACUUUGGAGAUUUGGUGGACUUGUUGAGAAAAAAUAAAAUCCUUUUUAGGUGGGAAUUUCCCCAAGGUCUAUCCUUUAGCUUCAAAGGAAGAAAGACCAAGAUUAGAUCAGUGGAGGAAAAGAACAAGUUUCUGAGUGCAUACGAAGAAGAUCUACUGAAAGGAUUGGGAAAAGACAUUGCGAUACUGGAUAAGGGUCUGCAAAAAAAAGGGAAACCAACGCCACCGACGGAUAUAGACAACCUUCUUGGGGCUGUUGGAGGAGAAGGAGAGUAACUACAAAAUGACACUACAAAUUUUAAGCUGGAAUAUUAAUGGCCUAAAUUCGUCGGCAAAAAGGGGGAGAGUAUUUCAUACAUUGAAAAAAGAACAUUUGGACUUGAUUUGUUUACAAGAGACUCAUGUGACAAGGCUACAUCGGAAAAUUUUGAUAAAUAAAAGAUUGGGAGAGGAAUUUAUCUCAUCGGAUAAUGUAAAAAAAAGAGGGGUAGUACUUUAUGCGAAGGAAAGCCUGUCACCAAAAUUUAUAUUUAAAGAUGACCAAGGAAGAUAUAUAGCAAUUGAAAUUCAAUUCCAAGGUCAGAAAUUUUUGAUAAUAGGCGUAUACGCACCAAAUGAGGGAAAAUCAGAAUUCUUCAAGAAACUGCAUGAAACUCUCCUGGAUUAUUUGGAUUACAACAUUAUUUUGAUGGGAGAUAUGAAUGGAGUAGUGUCUACAAAUAUGGAUAAAGCCCAAAGACAAACAGUGACAAAAGAUGGAAGACUGCCAAGGACAUUUUUUGAAAUGACUGACAAUAUGGAUCUUGUGGAUAUUUGGCGAAUAAAGAACCCCUUGGAAAGAGAAGGAACCUUCUUCUCUGAAGCAAAUAUGACAUGGACAAGAAUAGACCAAAUCUGGACAACUAGAGGACUGGCUCCUAAAAUCAAAAAGCGGUGAUUUGCCCGAAAAUUUGCUCUGAUCACAAUCCAGUAAAGAUUGAAAUGAUAUCAACGCCAAUUGGGGCCUUUAGAUGGAGGAUGAAUGACUCCUUAUUUAGGAAUGAGGAAAUUAUUAAAAAGGCUCAGAAGAAUUUGAGAGACUAUUUUGAAAUAAAUUUGAAUACUACGACAGUAAAAGAGUGAUUUGGGAUGCCAGCAAAGCGGUGAUGAGAGGAUUUUGAUACAACAAAAUGCAAUUAGGAAAAGAUAUCAAAAUGAGAAGAGAGAAAAAUUUUGGAGAAAAUUAAGGAUGGAGAAAAAGACUGAGAGCGAAACCAAACUCACAGGAGAUUUUAAAAGAGAUAAAGCUAUACCAAGUACAAUAUAUGAAAUUGAUGAACCAGGAGAUAGAAUGGAAGAUCAAACAGAUGAAACAAAAGACUUUCGAAUCGGCAAAUAAAUGUGGGAAAUUAUUGGCCUGGCAAAUGAAAAAAAGACAAAAGCUGAAUACGAUUACGAACUUGGUUGUAGAAGGGAAGAAUAUACAGAAUCCUGGAGAGAUUCGGAAGUGCUUUCAGAAUUAUUUUAAACAGUUAAUAUACCCAGGAGACCCAGAAAGAAUUAGACAUUGACCGAUUUUUGGAAAAUAAUGGAUUACAAAAAGUAUCUCAAGACAGUAAAUCAACAUUAAACUCUACAAUAUCUGAUCAAGAAGUGGAAGGAGCCAUUCAGAAUAUGAAAUUGGGCAAAUCUCCAGGGCCGGAUGGACUAACUGCAAAGUACUACAAAACUUUGAAAGAAUGGUUACUGCAACCGUUGAAAGAACUUUGCAAUGAAAUACUACGGGGAGGAAAAGCACCCGAGUCGUGGAAAGAAGCAUACAUCACACUUAUACCAAAAACCGAAGUGGAGAAGACACAGUUGAAGAACUACCGUCCCAUAUCCCUAUUAAAUGUGGAUUACAAAAUUUUUGCCGAAAUUAUGGCUAAAAGAUUAAAAAAUGUAUUGGUAAAAGAGAUUCAUAAAGACCAGGCGGGCUUUCUCCCUGGGAGACAUUUGUCAGACAAUACUAGGAACAUUAUUAAUAUUUUGGAAAAAUUGCAAGUUAAUAUUAAUACUAAAGCUGUUUUAAUAUUUGUAGAUGCGGAGAAAGCGUUUGAUAACAUUUCUUGGAGUUUUAUGAAGAAAAAUCUGCAGGGGAUGGGGGUAGGCCAAAGUUUUGAAAAUGGUAUAAGUGCAAUUUACUCGGAACAAAAAGCUAAGCUUAUUGUGAAUAAUGUAGUUACAGAAGAAUUUAAGAUAGAGAAAGGAACAAGACAGGGUUGCCCAAUCUCCCCAUUGCUUUUUAUAUCGGUCCUGGAGGUCUUGCUCAAUAUGAUUAGGAAAGACCAAUUGGUUAAAGGUAUACAACUCGGAGCUAAACAGUACAAACUGAAAGCUUUUGCCGAUGACAUAGUUUUGACAUUACAGGAGCCAGAAGCUAGUACAAAAAGAGUGUUACAAUUAAUCCAAGAAUUUGGCCAAGUAGCAGGUUUUAAAUUAAACAAGAUGAAAACUAAGGUAUUAGAGAAAAAUCUUACAGAGACAGAGAAGGAGAGGUUUCAGAAAGAGACAGGAUUAACAAUUGUUAAUAAAGUGAAAUAUCUAGGGGUGAAUAUGACUGCCAAAAAUGUGAAUCUGUUUAAAGAUAAUUACGAAAAAUGUUGGUCAGAGGUGAAGAAGGAUUUAGAAAUAUGGUCAAAAUUGAAGUUAUCAUUGUUGGGCCGAAUUGCAGCGAUAAAGAUGAAUGUAUUGCCUAGAAUGUUGUUUUUGUUCCAAACAUUACAAAUUGUGGAUAAAAUGGACUGUUUCAAGAGGUGGCAAAGAGACAUUUCCAAAUUUAUCUGGCAGGGCAAAAAGCCUAGAAUAAAAUUUAAGAUAUUAACAGAUGCGAAGGAAAGAGGGGGAUUUGCCCUGCCAGAUCUUAAACUAUACUAUGAAUCAGCCGCUUUUUGUUGGCUGAAAGAUUGGCUACUUCUUGAAAAUGUGGACAUUUUAGAUCUAGAAGGUUUUGAUAAUGUGUUUGGGUGGCAUGCAUAUUUAUGGUAUGACAAAGUCAAAGCGCAUAAGGCCUUUAAGAAUCAUAUUGUCAGGAAAGCAUUAUUCAAUGUUUGGGUGAGAUAUAAGGAUUUGUUGGAAAGUAAAACACCAAGGUGGCUAUCACCAAUGGAGGCUAAGGCUCUGAAAAAAACAAAUAUGGAGACAAACUGGCCAAAAUAUUGUGAAAUUUUAGAACAAGUUGGAGAUAAAUUAAAAUUGCAGAGCUUUGACAAAUUAAAAACUAAAGUUCGAGAUUGGCUGCAUUAUUAUCAAAUAAGGGAGGUUUUUAAUUUAGAUAAAAAAGAUUGGCUUCCAGGAGGAAAAAUCUAAACUGGAAACGGAAUUGCUAGAACCUAAAACUAAAAAUCUGUCAAGAAUGUAUAACCUGCUGUUGAAAUGGAAUACACAGGAUGAAAUGGUUAAAUCUGCUAUGAUUAAAUGGGCGCAAGAUGUUGGGCAUAAUAUCAUGUUUGCUGACUGGGAAUGGUUAUGGACCACAGGUAUAAAAUUUACGGCUUGUAACGCCUUAAGAGAAAAUAUAAUGAAAAUGAUUUACAGGUGGUACUUAACCCCAGUCAAGCUAGCAAAAAUUUAUCAUUUGCCUGAUAAUAAAUGUUGGAAAUGUAAAGAAAAUGAAGGUACUUUUUUCCACCUUUGGUGGACGUGCCCAAAGAUCAAGGCCUUCUGGGAAAUGAUAUAUAAUGAACUAAAAAAGGUAUUGAAAUAUACUUUCUUGAAGAAACCAGAGGCCUUCCUCUUGGGCAUGGUCAGCCAAUUGGUGCGAAGGGAAGACAGGAAUUUCUUUAUGUAUGCGACAGCAGCGGCAAGAAUACUUAUUGGGAAAUACUGGAAGACACAAGAAUUGCCUACCCGAGAAGAAUGGCAGAGAAAAGUGAUAGACUAUAUGGAACUGGCUGAGAUGACCGGCAGAAUUCGAGAUCAGGAAGAAGGGUCGAUGGAAGAAGAUUGGAAAAAAUUUAAAAUAUAUCUUCAGAAAUACUGUAAUAUAAAAGAAUGUUAGAAAAGGUUGGAGAAGAAUAUUAGACCGUAUUGGCAGACAGAGUAUAAUGGAAUAAGUAAAUAUGAAGUGUAAAAUAAAGAUAGAGGAGAAUUAAAUACUUUCGAAUGUUAAAAUAAGUAAAUGAAAAGAAGGUUAGAAGGAUUUGCUGGAGAUACGAUUCAAAUUAGAAUACAAAGCAGAGAGGUGAGAGGAAGUCACGGAAAUAAGUAAAUGGGAAAACGGUUUUAAAGGUUUAAUUUGAUUUUUUGUUACUUUUUUAUUGUGACUUUUUGUCCUUUGUAUUUUUCUUUUGUAUUGUUCGUUUUUUGUAUAAGAUGUAUGUGAUUUGUUUUUCUUUUCCUACUUUUUUCUUUUUCUGUAAUCUUAAAAUUGGAAUAAAUAUUCUUAAAAAAACCAAACAAAACAAACAAUUAUCCUCAGCCACACGCAUAGCAUCUUUAGUUUCCACCAAAUGUCUUUUGUUCCAGUAGUUUCUAUCCAUUGAAGAUAGGAGUUCCAUCUGUUCCUUAUCAUGGUAGAUUUGAACUUCCACGUUGUUUCCUGUGAUGUUACUACGACAAUGUCCGACUGUUGUUCAGUUUUAACUUUAAUUUAUUUGAAUUAAUUUUGGGAUGCAUUUUAAUCAAUUGCUUGCUUGUUUUUAUGCAUAUUGUAUUAUUUAUACGUUAGCCGCUCUGAGCCUGGCUCCGGCCAGGGAGGGUGGGGUUCAAAUAAAUAAAUUAUGAUGAUGAUGAUGAUGAUGAUGAUGAUGAUGAACAUUUUCCAACUCUGCAAUAUCUUUUUUUUCAGGUGAGGUGACCAGAAUCGCACACAGUACAGUGGUACCUCAGGUUACAUACGCUUCAGGUUACAUACACUUCAGGUUACAGACUCCGCUAACCCAGAAAUAGUGCUUCAGGUUAAGAACUUUGCUUCAGGAUAAGAACAGAAAUCGUGCUCUGGCGGCACAGCGGCAGCAGGAGGCCCCAUUAGCUAAAGUGGUGCUCCAGGUUAAGAACAGUUUCAGGUUAAGUACGGACCUCCGGAACGAAUUAAGUACUUAACCUGAGGUACCACUGUAUUCCAAAUGCAGCUGUGCCAAAGAUUUGUAUAACGCAAUGAGUUACAUUUCAUUGCAGCCCAUAACUGUAUAAAGUCUGGAGAACCCAGUUUGGAAAUCACUGUGUAAGAAGCAGCACUGCCAAUCUCCCAUCCCUUUGGAUUUACAUGUGAAAGAAGGCGCCUUUGAUCAGCUGGCUAGCCUCACAUUGUUCCAUGGAGAAAGAAUAAGAAAGGAAAGACAGCCUCUUUUAUAUCGCUGACAGCCGCUCCUAAAAUGACACUGGUCCUUCAGCAAUGCUUUAAAAUGUCACUAUUCUUUGGUAGGAAAAAUGACAGCACAGCAUAUUUUUGCAGAAAGAUAUUGUUGCAAGUCAACAUUUCAUGUAGCAGGAAUUCAGGACCUUGAAUAAGUUGGCAGACCAAACUAUGGCCGCAUACGCAUCAAAUGUUUGAAGCACAGAUUCCUCCCAAAGAGAUCUGGGAACUGUACUGUAAUUAUGGGAAUGGUAGUUCUGUGAGGGGCAAACUAUAGUUCCCAGGAUUCUUUCAGCAGGGGCGGAUGUGCUUUAAAUGUAGGGUGUUUUUGCAAUCAAAUCUGGAUGAACUCUCAGUGAAGAAGCUGUCUGGAGAAACUGUCCGUCUUCUGAGUGGCUGCAAUGAGGAGUACAAGCCAGUGCUGCAAGUUUUCAAGUGACUACCAGGCUAGCAAAUGUGCUUUAAAUGUAUAGUACACCCACCCACCCUGAGAGACAAGCUGAAGUGAGGAAAGAACAGGAAAUCAAAAAUAGCACUCUCAAAUUCUGUCCUAUCUGGUCCUGCCAACAUUGUAGGACCGUCACAAACCUAGUUACUUGGCUUUGGCAAAGAACCAGGUGGGCGGCUCCCACAUGAGACAGAAUUUGGGAGCGGGGAUGAGUGUUACGGACUGUCUUGUUCUUAAAAUGUAUUGGCAGCCCCUCCUGACUAGCUCCUUCAGGAGCAACGAACACUGUUCACCUGCUCCCAUGAACAGUUUUUGGUAGUUUAUUAGUGUCUGCUCAUUUUUUUAAAAAAAAUGUUCAACGGGAUUAUAUACUCCAAUUACAAGAGAUUAAAGGCCUUUUUCUGUAGCUGUGAUGGAAGAGCAAAAGGCAGCUUAGCCUUAUUGAUCGUUCCAGCUCAUAACUAGUUCUGUCUCCCUUUGGCUUUGGACCUGUGGAGCGUGUGGCUUGGUUUCUCCUGCCCAAACAUCCCAGGUUGCUGCUGUGUGUCACAGCCUUGCCUCAAUAUGACAGGCUCCCUGGGAUCAAUUUGCACUAAACACAGGGCUGAUGACCUAAGGCUGAGAAAGCUGACAAACGCAUUGUGGUGAUGAGGCAAAUAGAUGUCAAUGUGCAGGUAGUAUGGCAAUGUACAACUGUUUGGGCUGCAGCCUUCAGGCCAUGUCUAAUAAGGGUGGUAGCGGUAUUGGGCAUAUCCCAGCCAACGCUAAGCCCCUUCAAACAACGUUUAUUUCCUUGGGAAAGCAAUGCAUAAACUUCCUACAGCUGGAUGGGAGCAUUCAAAUCUCCUACAGCAGUGUUGGGGGGUGAGGGCCACAUUGCUUUCUGGCCAUCUUCUGGGGGUGUCUCAUGUCAUGGUUGGUGGUAUCAGAAGCACCAGUGGUCAGAGAAGUAAAUGUGAAUGGUGCUUUUGUACAGGAUGCACCCCUCUCUAUUCUCCAUCCAGGAGAGAAAUGGAGGAUAUGUGGCAUGAGGAGGGCCUGGGAAAGAGAUGUGGAGGGCCAUAGCCAGCCCCAGAACAUGAGGUUCCCCAUCUCUGUCCUGUGAGUGACUUGGCUCUAGUCAGGAAGGUAGCAGUGUUGGUCUGAUGCAGUCAAACCUUUUUUUUAAAUUGUCCAGUAGCACCUUAGAGACCAACUAAGAAGUUCUGGGUUUAAGCUUUGUGUGCUACUGGACAAUUUUUUAAAAAAUAUUUUUUUUUGCUCUAGUCACCAAUUCUUGGCCUAACUUACCUGACAGGUGUGACACAAGGGUCAGUUGGGCCCAGGCCCAGCCCAUAUGCUGUCCUGAGCUCCUCAAAGGAAAAGUGGGAGGGGGCAACAGAAUUAAUAAUGACAGGACUCCUUCGCUGAAUUUUUUUAAAGCGCUUUUAUGAAACGCCAACCAUAACAAACAUACAAAAACUACUUCUACCUGUAAGAAUAUUGUUCAUUUGUGGUGGGGAAGGAUUAGUCUUUUUAAAUUUCUCAUUGCCUCGUGCUUCAGGUGGUACCAGUGGCUAGCAGUGCUUUUAAACAACAGCAUCCUAAUAAGACUACAAUCCUUUCUUCUUUCAGGUAUGGAAGCACUAUUGCUUGCUGCUGGAGCACAUGGGAAAGGUCCCGGGUUUAAUCCCUGACAUCACCAGGUAAGGCUGAGAAAGACCCCAGAAAGCUGCUGUGUCAGUCAGUGUCAGCAGUGUUGAGAUAGAUGGACUAAGGACUCUACUUCCUAUGAGCUUUGGGAACUGCAGUAAAACUUCAAAUUGGUGCUUACCCUCAAAACUGGCAGCUUAGCACUGCUAGCUGAAUCUGUGUUUAUCUUCUGCGAAUUUUUGUAUAAUGAAGGCUUGGAAAGAGGCCAUGAGUAUAAGGAGUAGGUCAGUUUGGUCUCAGGGUUUGGAUCUGAAAUGUCAGGAUUUCAGCCUCCUCAGGGUCUCCAGGGGAAGAAGGAAUUUGUACCACACAGAAUCUUAGUAGGAAAUUAAGUGACUGAAAACCAUCAACACAAAUCAUACACAUUCAUUUUUUAUAAUUGAGCAUUUGGUGAUGUCACAGGAGCACAAUGGAAGGCAAAUUGAGCUCAGAUUAAAUCUAGCUUUGUUUGAUGUUUUGUUUCUUUAUAUUUUGCUGGAAGCCGCUCGGUGUGGCUGAGGUAACCCAGUCAGAUGGACGGGGUAUAAUAAAUUAUUAUUAUUAUUAUUAUUAUUAUUAACCUGUUGUGGUUGUCCAGGACAAUCUGUAUUAUUCUGGCCUUAAGACAUCUGCAUGCUUUUGUGCCCACAAGCAUGCAUGGCAUCUGUCAACAGAAAUGUGUAACUGCUUCAGAAGCAAUCCAUGGUGCUGAUUUUAAGAUUGAAAUUCCUAAGUAGCUGAUUUUCUACAGACCACCAUUCCCUCUAUUUCAGUGCCACACUAACCAACAUGAUGGAGACUGUACCAUCUACACUAUAGGCUACGCACCCAUGCAACAGUUUGGGGGUCUUCUCUCUGUGACUGCUCGCUAUCUCUGUAUGCAGUCUACCACAAUCUAACCAUCACAACAAUAACAAAAAGCAGAUUGCUCUUUCAGUAACCAGGCUCCCCUUCUUCUAGCCAAAUUGUCAAAUUGUCUGAGCCCCUCACUUAAUAACCCAAGAAUUCCACCUUGCUUUCGGUUCACAGGGCCACAGCAGAUCUGGGAUUCCCAAAGACAACGCCUCGCCUGCAUUCGUGCCUGUGGCUACAUUUGGUGCUUUUGCUUAAACCUGCAUUCUUUCCCACCACUUCCUUCUUGCUGAUCUGAUAAGGCCUCCUUCUCACGAAAGGUGGCUUUUACCUUGAAAAUUGCACCCUGCUGGCUGCAGAUCAUCAGGCCACAGGAAUAUAAACAGAUGGCCUUGCCCUGACUUAGCCCAGCCCAGAUCAGAUUAAUUUCCUGCAGCCAGCCAGCCAGUCAGCUGGUGGCGAAAGCUACCAGGCGGGGAUUAGGUUAUCAUUUCCAAGGCUCAGAAUUAAUAAUGACAAAUUCAUUAAGAGUUCUCUCUUGGGUAAGGUUGAGAGAAAUAUGUGAGAUUCCCGAUGCUUCCUCUUUAUUGCACACCAUUUUUAUCCUCCUUGGUUCUUGACUUUCCCCUCAUUCAUUUUCUUUGCCCUUGACUCUUUCUUUUUCUUCCUUUCCACAAAUUGGGGGGUAAUUUGCACAGAGGCAUUUUCUAAAGUGCGAGUAGGUGCACAUCUAAGGAUCUCAGCACCCUUCACUCAUUAACGUUAGGGCGUUUUUAAUAUAUGGGUAAAAAAUUAACAUUUAAAGCCAAGUCUCCAAAAGGAAGUGCAAAGUAUAAGCCCAAAGUACAUAUCUGUGCUUUUGUAAACACCCAGGCACAGAGACACGUGCCUGAUGGAAGCCUUCUCCUGAUGUCUUCACACAUGAUAUUCUUACACGCGAGUAAGAAACUUCAGCCACGUGUGAAGAUCGGGCAGGUCUGCGUUUUGCGCCGGAUCAGCCCGGCAACCUUCCCACGGAGCGCCCAUGAUCCAUCCAGCCCAGCAGGCACUUGCGUGUUUGUCUCCCCUCCCGACCCGUAUGCGUUUCCCCCGGGCAGCCUUAGUAGUGGAACCAGACGGGGCAGCGACCCUCCUCCUCCAGCCAGGCCUGCUGGCAGCUCUCUGAGGGAGGGAGGCGUCGCGGCUGCCCGCGCAGCCCCUGAGCAUGUGGCUGAAGUGGAAGGAGCCCAGCCGAUCUUGCCAUCUGCAGCUCCGCGCUGCUGAUCUCGGCUAAGGAGGUUGGGGGAAGCGGGCCAGAGGAGGGGAGCGGCGGCGGCGGAGGAGGAGGAGGGCGGGGUCUUCAGGUGCUCAGCACCGUCCUUCGCUCGCUGCGAGCCAGACGCCGUUGGAGAAGUGCGAGGCGGCAGUUGGGCGGCGAGAAGUCGCGGGGAACGGAUCGGGUCCCUCUGCCACGGCCCCCUCGCGGAAUCCUCUGCCGGCAAGAGCGGGGCGCGACGCCGCCAGCCCUUCCUCGGAAUCCCCUGCAUGCCUGGAUCCCUCGGCUGCCGGAGGAAGAGCCAGAGGCCGGCGGGCUGGAGGACCUCCGCUUUGAAGCUGCUGCACUCACCGUUGGGCAGUACUACCUCCUACCUCCCCCCGCCACACGCACGCACACAUUCUAGGUUGGGCGCCCCGAGGGUCGUGCGACGGAGAGAUGCAAACGGCGACUGCCUCGAUCCUCGACGUUUCAAGGACGGUGGUGAUCCGCGAGGACGGCAACCAUGCCCAGAAUAACUACACGGGUAAGGAAAGAGCCGUCUUGGCAGCGGAGGGUCGCCUGGAAGGGGGGCAGGGAGGGGGGUCUGCGCUGCGCUGCCUGGCGCUUGAGAUGGGCGCAACGACACAAAAUUGGGGGGGGGGCAAGGGAAGAGGUCUUGGAUUGUAUGGGUGGGAAAGCCCAGCCAGGUGUGGCAUCUGGGUUUGGGCAGGUACCCCGAGAGAGACAACCCCCGCCCGCACACUUUCCCUGUAGGCAUGAUGAGCCCCCUGAAAAGAGAAGCCCCGGGUUUCCUUUGGAAGGGCUGCUCUUCCGAGGACCUGUCGUCCUUAUGACUGCACGAUGCUGAAGGAUGGGCACUCUGCAGAUGCCUCGAGGCGCUCUGGUUUGGAGCGUUGCUUGUUAAACUCCAACCUUGGCGCCGAAACAGGUUCCGGGGCUGAGCCCUGCUUCUGUUCCGUGAUGCGGAGGAGCCACCGCUCAGGCGCAAGCGAUGAAUGGAACAGGCUCCCGAGUUCAUCUUCUGCCAUCAGCGCCACUUAAAAGUUCAGAGGUGGCUGGUAGGAAAGAUCUUUUCUUGAGCCCUUGGGGAACUGCUGCCUGUCAGAAAACACAGUCCUGGGUUGCACUGACCAGCGGGCUGAGUCAAUGCAAAGUUUGCUAGUGGUCAGGAAGAUCCUUCAGAGGCUCACUCCUGAAGCCCUGCGGCGGUCUUUCAUCCUCAAACGGGCCUAACCAAACUCUGUAACAUUUCUGAGGAGCAAAUUGCUUUGUGUUUGGUCCCAGGUUCAAUCCCAAGCUUCUCUAGGCAACCCUGGGAAAUAAUUCUGGAGAGCUGCUACUGUUCUCAAAGGUACUACUCUGUAUAAGGUAGCUCCUUUUGUUUCUAUCUCAUUUACCCCAUCCUCAUGAGACAGGCCACCUUCUUAUUUUAUAGACUUAGGGAGAAGUUUAGAGACAGUGAGUUGUCUGCAAUACCGCCUCCAGAUUCACAGAGAGAUCAGGAUGCAGAUUUCAGAGGCAUUCAAGGUAUCCUCUGCUGUAUGUAUCCUGCACGACUCUUCUCCUGUAUGGGAAACAUUUCCCUGCAGUGAAAUAAAUGUUGGAUUGAGCUUUUGGUGGGGGUGUUUGGAACCUAUGAAGAGGCCCCCAAAUCUGACAUGCACUUCAGGCUGUAUUUUUGGGUAACCCAUAUCAGAUCAGAGGAGUGACUUAGGCGUAGUAAAGCAAGAUACAGGAUAAUAUAUCUGCCUGCACUGUAGUUUGCCCAAUCCGGCUACCUGGAAGAGGAACUAGCUUCUGAAUUUAAAUUCAGAUUUAACGAAGCUGACUUCAGGGCCAAAAAUACACAUUAUGUGAGAAAUCCAUAACAGUUCUUGCUUUAAAGUGGAAGCUUUCUCCUUGCACUAUUUUCCUGAUCUAACCUUUUCUGUCUCUGAAAAAAAAGAUAACCAAGCUGCUGUUAGCCCACUGGAGGAAAGAAAUUGCAGAUACAUCCCUCUUCUAGAGUUAAAAGCAGGUUGUUGAGUGUGAUUUAGAAUGAGAAAAUGGUUAGUGUGUGUGUGUGUGUGUAAAAUCAUCAACACUGACACUGCUCCAGUCAAAUGUGAAGCCCCCACAGCUGCUUUAAUGUAAAAAAAAAAGAAAGACGAUGGGCAAUCUAAUAAUAGAGUUUUCAUGUGAUGUCUAUUUUGGCUUUAGUAUACCUACAGAGGAUUUUUCUCUUCCUCGUCUUCAGAGGAAGCAACUUACUUUUGAUUUGGGCACCCUUCAGGAUAUCCUAAAAAUAUAUGCUCAUCAUGAUGGCAUCCUAAAGUGAUAUACUCAAUGCUAAAUGUACCAGGAGAGAUGGGGGGGGGGGGGAUUCAUUGCUUUUUAUAGGGGAAAUCUAGGCACAUGUGUAUCUUUGGCCGGAUACGACAGUUACAGUAUUCAGAACUAAGAAAUCACCAAGGGGCAAACUACCCAGUAAAUGCAUUACUUUGAAGCAUGUCAGGGGUUUCCUUUUAAAAAUGUAACAGUGAACAUGCCCCCCCAUUGAUUUCCAUUGAGGCUAUCAGGUGCAGGUAGGUAAGGAUUAACUUUUCAGUUCCCAGCCAUAGUCCCAAUGAAACUAGCUUUCCCUGCCCCAUUGCUGUUAGCCUUAGAAAAGCUCCCAUUGUUGCUCUUCCUGGAUGAAAAUUCCCUCUUGUGUCUACUAUUUUUUUUAAAAAAGAAAACAAAACUGGCAUGCUUCCAAGUGACAUGUAGUUGGCCCUGAUUUAACUUUGCUGCUCAGCUUGUUAGUGUCUAGAACAAAUGCUGCCCAUUGUCUUUUAGUAGAGGAGGCAAUAAAGGGAAACCUAUUUUGACUUGCUGAUUUCAGCUCAGUUGGAGCAGAGCAGAAUGCACAUCCUUUGAAAGAGACUAAAAUCGUACCCUUCACUUCCCUCUUGCUGGUGCACCACUCAUUUCUGCUUCCUUUACAAUUCUUACCGUAAAGAGGGAAGUGAUGUCAGCUGAGGUCAUGCAAUAAGCUGGCCUCACGCAGAGCGAGGAUUUCUCGGCAAGGACACUUUCAGUGGUCAUUAGUGGAAUGUGCUUGCAGACACACCGUGAUACGGAGAAUAGGACAAUAGUACGUAUUGAAAGUCAAUAAUGAGUUCCUUUAUACUUAGGAGAAAAUGAAACUGACGCUGUGGUGCAGCUCUCUUGAGAAGUCAUCCAUUCACGGCAGCAGUAAACUUUAUUUCCUAUCCCCUUGAGCUAAAACAGAGGAUUCAUUGCACUUUCCAAAAUCUGGAACUGGGAGGAAUGGCCUGCUGGGCAGUUCAUGAUGAGGAUGAUAAAAUAAAGCAGUUUCCCUGCUUUUAUUGCUAUCUGGAAUUUUGAGUGCAAUGCUAAGCAUUCACUGAACAUCAAAGUGAACGGGUACAGGAUGUGCUAGUCCUUUUCUUUUAGCAGAAGCCAUCUCAAUAUUUUCAGAUAAAACCAAACAAACCUUCCGCAAAUGAUGCUUUCCUUAAUGCACCUUUCACCUUUUUCUGAUGUUCUGAAGCCAAUACGGCCACAUACAAAUUGGAGGUGUCAGCAAGGUCAGGAAAGCCCCCAUGUUUACAGAACUAUAAAACUAUUUUGGGGCAAAACCCCAAAGUGAGGUGGGGUGCAGUCCGGUGAAGACUGAGUGCUGUCACUGAAUGCUGACUGACAGUCAGGAGGAGAUGGGAAACCAUGUUGGAGAAGCAGUGGAAUUGAGUUCUGUGAAGGGGGGCAUGGCUGGCUAUCUUCCACUUAUUUUUGCAGCCCAGAUAAAUAUGAAGAACGGGGAAGUCUUCUGUUCCCCAUUUACAGCCCAAACGUUUGUGCCAGCGGCAGAAGUUGCCCGUCUAAAUCUCCUGCUCCCGGAGCAGCAGCACUGAGUGCACCUGUCUUUCACGUCCUUCUUUUCACUUGUAUGUUUUGUUGCAAGGCUAUUAGAAAUGUAAUCUACUUUGCUCACAUAAAGCCUGAUUCUGUGGGCUUUACUUUACUAUUUAUGGUACAGUAAUGGACCACCAAGGGAGCCGUACACUAAGAAGAACGGCCUGUUCCAGGUUGGCUGCCUCACUGAACCCAUACAGCUUAUCAGUCAAAGGUGCUGGGAUGCUGGCAGUUGAAGCGACAGAGUGAUCUGUAUGAAAAGUGGCAUCUCUCACUUAUGUUGCUGUUCUACCCUCACUUACGAAACUAUUCAAACAGAAAUGCACAGUGGUGGGCACGCUUCCCUUUCCCAACAAAUGUCAGACACCCCUUAAAUAUGUUGCGGCGUCAGGAGAGUGCAGUCCAUAGCUCUUCCUGUCAGCUGCCUCAAAAUUCCGCUAAGAAAAUGGCUGCCCUUCUGCUUGUCAGCCCUUUGAAACAGCUUACACUGGUGGUCAUAGAUGAUGUGUGUCUGUGUAUCGGGGUGGUUUGUGCAAUGCAUCAUGCUUUUCUAGAAGGAAUUGUUGCUGGUUGUAGUUAAGUAGCCUACUGCAGGGCUGUGACGACAGUCCAUAAUGUUACGCUCAUACAACUUCUUCAAGGGAUGAGAAGUUCAGAUGUGCUGCUUUUACCAAGCAUUGGUGUCCUAGAGAAUGGGGUUAUGGCAUAUUGUAGUGUUUGGGUUUAUUUACCAGUAUACAGGUUGAACUCCAAAAACAGCCAACUUCAUUGCCUCACAUCAGAGCUUUUUAUUACAUUCUAGUGGAUGGUAAACAUCAGGCCAGGGUGUGUGUGAAAUGAGGUCCCCCAGGCUUGACCCUUAGGACUCUACCCAGAUCAUACACCCUCUCUCUAGGCUUCUGGCAUAUCUUCACACACUAGGUAUUUUUGUCUGUGUCUGGCCCUGCUCACCAUUGGUAUGUGGCCCUCAGAAGCUUGCCCAGAAGGGAUUGUGGCCCUCGGGCCCUACUGUUUGUAAUGUUCAUAUUUUACUUUCUUGCAUUGCUGUAAGUUGUCUUCAGACCUUUUUUAGUGGAAGGCAAUAAAUCAAGUAAUAAAAAUGAAAGGCAUUCAGCAUUCCAGAAUGCUCUUUAUAGACAGUCUCUAAUAGUGUAGCAAUAAAAUUGCUAGCACAUUUGCAAAGCUAAGCAGGGGCCGGUAUGGUUUUGAAUUGGAUGGGUAACCGCGUGUAGAAUUGCAGGGGGUGGGACUAGAUGACACUUGGGGUCCCAGUUAUAUGGUUCUAUGAUUCUUAAUCUCUUUGUCUUUCUCUCUGUGUGUCUCCAAAAAUCAAUUCAUAGAUGUACACACCUAUGGAGACCUAUAUUGCAUCAAAGUUACCUAGGGAGAAAACUAUGCCCGCCUGCUCCCUCUUCUGAUCAGCUUUCCCUAUUCAGAACAUUCCUAAGUGGUCUUGCAUCAAGAAGCAGUCUUCUAACAAUUAUCUCCAAUGGAGACCCAUUGCCAGAAUACCCCGGGCUAUUAACACCCCUUUGUCAAGUUCAAGACUCUGCCCCCUGCAUAUUGACAUGGGUAGUCAGUGUGGUUUCCUCCAAAUUUUGUUGGACUACAACUCCUAUCAGUCCCAGCCAGCUUUGCCAAAGGUCAGAGAUGAUGAGAGCUGCAGUCCAACAACGUUGGGAAAGCACCAUGUUGCCUUAAGGCAAUCCACAGUGAUAGCUCAGUCCAUGUGAAUUGGAUUGUAAAACCAAUAGCAAUGAAUUGUCAUGAGGAGUUUGAAAGAAACUGUAUACAGGGAGUGGGCUGGGCCCUCUGAUUUCCCUUGCCAAAUACAGUUAUGGCAUCUAGUCAAGAUAGAUGCUCAAAUCUUUUUGUCAUAAAACGAUGGAAGAAAUCAUGUCAGGAUUGAGAGCACACUUAGAAAUUCAGCUUCUCUUUCGUCAGGGGCUGGGUGAACAGACAGAUUAUCCUGGAGUGGACUUAUUAUUUGGAAAGACCUGCAGAACCAUAAAAAUGUUUUUGUGUAUGAGAGGGCAGGCCAUGCAUAUGUAUCCCUGAAGUGACUGCAUGGGAGCUUCUGUGUGUGAAAUGCUUACUGCUGAUAAAUAACUUCAUUUACCUGAAAAGCAUUUACCGUAUUUUUCGCCCUAUAAGACGCACUUUUUCCCCUCCAAAAAUGAAGGGGAAAUGUGUGUGCGUCCUAUGGGGCGAAUGCAGGCUUCGCGGACCUCUCCGCCAGCAGCGGACCUCUCCUUCAGCAUGCAGGCACCUCUCUGCAAGCAGCGGGAGCGCUCCCGCUGCUUGUGGAGAGGUGCCUGCAUGCUGAAGCCUGCGCUCACUGAUCUCAGCGCGUCCAGGCUUCGCGGACCUCUCCACAAGCAGCGGGAGCCAGCGCUGGGCCCCCACGGCUUGCAGAGAGCUGCCUGUUUGGGGGCUGGGGUCGGGGAAAUUCGGGCUUCCCCCGCCCCAGCCCCGCGCCUGGGGGGGAAAUAAUUCCCUCCCCUUUAUUUCCCCCCCCAAAAAACUAGGUGCGCCUUAUGGGACGGUGCGUCCUAUAGGGCGAAAAAUACGGUAUAACAGAAAUUUUACACAUGUAAAACAAUUUUUUAUUCAUAUACAAAGCAGAUUGGACAGGAAUUUAGUGAGGGGAAAGUGCGCCCAUUUGCACUGUCUUAGGCUGCAUUAAAUGUCCCCUCCUGGGGCUGAGUUGCGCAAAAGGUUUAGAGUCCCCACUUUACGUAUAGGCAUAAUUGUCAUAGUCCUGUCAUUUCUCAGCUUACAGCAAAGGCCAUUUACCUUAGCGUUGCCAUUACUGCCAAGGGACCCAAUUUCACUGCAAAACAAUGACUGACCAAAAGCUAAAAGCACAAAAAAAUUGCUUCUAUAUUUUUGCAUUAACAGGGGAUUGGAUGAGGUGGCCUUUGAGGUCAUUCCAGCUCCAUGGUUUUACGAUCACUCCCAGAAAUCACCAGUCAUUUAACUAGAGAACUCAUAGCAGCAGGCAAAGACAUUCAAAUUGCCAGUCUCCAGAAGUAAAAGCAGUGCUUUUUUCUGGUUGGUACACAGUACCAACACCUUUUUUUUUUCUAGAAGAAAAGGCACUGGUUAAAAGCAUGGCACGUACUGUAACAACUUGUGAGUACCGGCACCUUUUAUUCUAGAAGAAAAACACUGAGUAAAACAAUAUAAUGUUCCCUUAUAGAGGAGCUGCUUGAGUCCUGACUUUAUUCCCCUCAGACACAGACCCUGGAGUGAAUUAAGAGAAUGUAAGUCUCAAUCAGUCUUUAAUUCCAGGUUCUACAAUAGCCAUUGAUUGCUUUUUUAUUAGUUAGGCAGACCAGAGGCCUGAGGUAGAAGCAGGGUAAUUAAUCUGGCUGGAAAACUAUUAAUAAUUCCCAGGCACUCCCAUUUUAGCCAGCAUACUAAUGGACUCAGGAGUUCUGCAUUUUGGAGCCUAACAAGAGGCCUUCUGGGGUCAGGCCAAAGGCCUUUCUAGUUCAGCAUUCAGUUUCCCAGAGGCCUCUUGGGAAGUCCACAAACUGGGCAUGAGAGCAAUAUCCCUCUCAUACUAUGGCUCCUCCGGUGACUGGCAUUCCGAGGUAUGCUACCUCUGACCCUUAUGGCCAUGAAGACUAGCAGCUGUAUUGAUAGUGUUGUUCUCCAUAAAUUUGUUUAAUCCCAUUUUAAAGCCGGCUGAGAUGGUGGCCACCACUGCAUCUAGUGGCAGCGAUUUCCAAAGCUCUGCAGCGGUGUUUGUAUGAAGACAGGUGAAGGGAACAAAGGGGUUUGUGAUAUCUUUUGAACACAGCCAAACUGGCUCUCCCUCGGGGCAUAGGCUGAUGUGGUGGUUGGUUCCACAGAACUAGCCAUAGCUCAGUGGCACAGCAUCUAUGCUGUGUGCAGAAGCUCCCAGAUCCAAUCCCUGGCAUCUCCAGUUAGGGCUGGGAGAGACUUCCUCUCUGAAACCUUGGAGAGCUGUUGCCGGUCAGUGCUGACAGUCCUGAGCUGGACAGAUCAAUGGGCAGACUCAGGGUCACAGGCAAGGAUGCCUUCCUACCAAUAUGGCAGAUAGCAUCUCUGCCCCCAAACAAAAAACCAGGCAAGUCCAUUCUAUGCUCAUUGCAUCCAUAGAGUAUCUUGAGUAAAGUUCAUCAGGUGAUGGGAAUGAUUCUCAUUGAAACUGGGCCUCCUCUUCACAGUAAGAGGGCUUUGUCAGCAAUUCAGAAUUAAUAGGUAAAGGAUAAAGGACAGGGUGUCUCUCUGUGUUGCCCAGCUGCUUGUAAAUGAUUUGUUUCAGUGAUGUUACCUUGUGGGAAAUGCUUAGAGAUAAAGUGUGGGCAGGUGGGGGUGAGUGAAGACUUCACCUUGCAAGGCGCUUGCCUACCUUUCUCAGACCCGAGCAACCUUGUGAAUCCCUUUUCGGACGUCAGUGUUUCCAGAAGCAAUGGUCCGCAAAUCUGCACUUUAAAAAGCUGCCUGCUGCUCAGCCAUGAAAAGGUCAAGGGAACUGUGCUUCUAGCAAUGUCCGUCCUCCCCGUUCCGAGCGAAGAGAUCAAAGCCGGGAUAUAAGUAAUAUAUUACCUGCAAUAUAAAAUGCGAGCACACCAGGCGGGCUGCAUAUCCUUGCUUCAGCUAGAAUCUGCCAUAAAGGAUAGUUGACUGUGUGGAAAGAAUUAAUAUGACGUAUACUUAACAUGACUUUGGUGCUCCAGGUGUGGAUCCUUCUGUAAUGAAAAUGGCACUGUGCAAUGUGUGCAUGCACAAGAGGGCAGUAUCAGUCGGCUUGGAUAUGGGAAGGGGGGGGAACCUCUUAAAGCCUUAAAACAGGCACUGUUGCAAGCGUCACAUCACACUUGUUCCACAUUUGUAAGAAAUUGGUCUUUUAAUGUGGCAACACAUGCACUUUGGAACUCCCUGCCUAUUGACAUCAAGCACGCUCUUUCACUGUACUCUUUUCAAUGCCUGCUAAAAACAUUUUUGUUUAGGCAAGCCAAUCCAGACAUACUGAACAUUUUAAUGUGUUUUGACCUGGUUUUAGCUUAUUGUUGAUUUUGAUUAUUUUUUAAUGUUUUAAAUAGUUGUUUUUACUGAUAAUUUUAUAUUAUUAGAAUCAUUUUACAGUGGUACCUCGGGUUACAGAUGCUUCAGGUUGCAGAUGCUUCAGGUUACAGACUCCGCUAACGCAGAAAUAGUACCUUGGGUUAAGAACUUUGCUUCAGGAUGAGAACAGAAACCGUGCGGUGGUGGCACGGCAGGCACCAUUAACUAAAGUGGUACCUCAGGUUAAGAACAGUUUCAGGUUAAGAACGGACCUCCAGAACGAAUUAAGUUCUUAAUCCAAGGUACCACUGUAUUUUAUUCCUUUUGGAAAAACCACUUGGACGUUUCAUUACAAUGAAGUGGUAUAUACAGUUUGUGAAAUAAAACCAAAUAAAUAAAUAAAGACAUCUCAAUAAGGACUGAACACAUGGUUAGCAGCCACAGAAUGCUGGGUGAUGUUGGUGGGAGGCCGAAAAUGGAGGAGUGAGGGAAUGGAAUGGAGUAUCGUGGAAGGAGGUAUGGCAGAAUAGAAGUAGUCCACACCACAACAUUCUGUCACAAGUUCCAUUACACACCCACACCCACACACCCACACACACACCCUGCCUUAGCCUUACUCUUCAAUACUUUCUUUAGACAAUGUAUGAAAAACUUGUCUUUCUACUUUAUCAUCAUUUGAGAACUGAAAAAGUGGGGUGCUUUGAAGGGCUGGCUUGACAGAGUUGUGUGAAAAUCCUCAUGCUUCAGAUGCUGUGAAGCUUCUGGAAAGUUCUAGUUGUGGUGCUUGGCUGAUGACGACCACUUUGCUGAUGGAAAUCACAUGCUGCACAAACACAUACACAUGUGAAGCACCAUCAGAGUCGGACAUAGGAGCAAGGCCCAAACAAGGAGUGUGUGGCUGAAAUCAUAAUAUAUAAUAAACUCUGUGAUAGUAGUCUGAAUUUCGACUGUGAGAAGCACCUAGAAAGCAGCUGUGGAUGGGGUGGUGAGGCAGCACUACGCACCUGACCUCUGGCUGGUCAUUUUGCUGCUGCUUACUAGGAGGUAAAGAGGGAGGUGGUGGUGAGUCUGGCACAGUGUGAAUGUGCCUGCAGAGUCAGUCCAGACUCCUGCCGGUGUGUUUGCACCACAUCCACCUCCCUUCUCUCUUUAUCUCCUGUUAAGCAGCUGUGAUGUGUCCAACCAGAGUCAGCUGAGUGAUGGCACCCCAAUGCUCGCUAGUGCUCAAAAGUCAUAUUCUCUCCAUCUCUUAGUUUGUUUGUUUUUAAGAAUUAGAUUAGCUAUCUUUUAACAUGAGGUUAGAAUUGGUACUAAGCAAGUAAUCAAACACAAUUUGGGUUUGCCUCUCUUGUUUUCUAGGCAGAUGUGCUGAUAUUGAUUGAAAAGGUGAGGGCCAUCUCUGCUUUGCUACAUUAACGGAGGAAGUCUGUUAGAACUAAUUUGUAGCGUUUUGCUUUGCCAUUCUUUUCAUUACAGUGAUAAACAAGCUUAACUUGUGCUUGAUCCCUGUCAUCUUCCCCUCGUCCCCCAGGGUCAGGGGAGCAAAAGCUUGGGCACGGCUGUUUAAUCAUUUGUAGGAUGUGCAAAGGCUUCCCGGUUAUCUUAUGCAUAUUCCUGCCUUGCCAAACAACAGUGUUUGCGUGUUUGCCACGACAUUUAUCUGCCAAGGUUGGUGUGCGAUUUUCAACAGGGUAGGAUCACCUGAACAUGCAUUGUCUGUAUUAUUUUGGAUGAUGGUAUAAUUAUGAUCCCAUCUUAUAGGCAUAGGGCAGGGCUGAUGGGAACUGAAAUGAUAUCUGCUUAAUUGUACAAGCUUAAGUGUAUAUGAUUUGCACAAUUAUUGCAUGUACAAGCAUUUCAUGUAGAUGUGUGGGCGGGAGUCCAGCCGGAUGUCCACCUCUCUGGUCAAUACAACUGACUGCCUACAUGAUUCUUACAUGAGCAAACUGUAAACACGAAGGGUCUGUAUGCAUAGUGCAAAAAGAACCCCCCCCUACGUAUUAGUAGUAAGAAGAGCCAUUGUAUGAAUAGUACUAGUGCUGUGGUACUAAUAGAUCAAUCACCACCUCCCAGCCUAUCCCACCUCAAAAGGUUGUUGUGAGAAUAAAUAGAAGGCAAGGAAGAAUAAUGUACACCAUUCUGAACAACUUGGAGGAACUGUAGGGUAUAAAUGGCAUAGUAAAUAAAUAUGUACAAGUGCUCUUGUUCAUAUUAAAAGAUGGAAUGGCUGACUAAUUGGUCACGAUACCCAGUAAUGGCUACUGCAGAUCAUUCAGAAGAACAGACCAUAGGUUUACUAAUUCUUUGCGAUGAAAAGUACAGCUCUUGUUACCUGUCCUGGUGAAGCUUUUUGGUUUCUGUCAUAAAAUGAACUGAUCCACUCCUGUACUUCCACUAUUUUAAUGGUUUUAGUGCAGGAAUUCAUGUGGCUGCCUUCUCUGGGUUCAGUAAAGUACAUUUCUGUUCUAGCGGUUCUGUAAUGGAGGUCAAAAUGGUGCGAAAAGAAUGAGCCUCGCUUAGCCUUGAGCUGGGUCAGCUUGAAAAUUCAGAAACGAAAAACUGGCUUACAUCUUCACCUUCCUCCCACAGAGAACGUUUCCCUCGUCUGGCACGAUCCAGUCUGAUGGAUGUCAUGUCACUCUUGCUUCAGCAUGGUCAUGUUGCCAUUGUGAGAUUCUGUAGAUGCACCAUGGGCGUUAUUUGGGGUGCUGAACAGCAUUCGAAUAUAAUAGCUUCCAUGUUGUAAAAAGUUGAAAUAAAAGGAAGCCCUGUGGAACUCUUUUCUUAGUAAGUGGGCUUGUAAGAUUUACCAGUUCUGUUCCAGAAAGAAAGAAGCUUGGCUCUUAAAACUGGGAUCUUCUGUUGUUUUCAUGUCGUACAUCUUUUGCAAUUCCAAGGUCUACAGGUUAAAGCAAAACAAAUGCAAACUAUUAGAAGUUUUCACAUUGUCAUAGAAUCAUAGAAUCAUAUAAUCAUAGAGUUGGAAGAGACCACAAGGGCCAUCGAGUCCAACCCCCUGCCAAGCAGGAAACACCAUCAGAGCACUCCUGACAUAUGGUUGUCAAGCCUCUGCUUAAAGACCUCCAAAGAAGGAGACUCCACCACACUCCUUGGCAGCAAAUUCCACUGUCGAACAGCUCUUACUGUCAGGAAGUUCUUCCUAAUGUUUAGGUGGAAUCUUCUUUCUUGUAGUUUGGAUCCAUUGCUCCGUGUCCGCUUCUCUGGAGCAGCAGAAAACAACCUUUCUCCCUCCUCCAUGUGACAUCCUUUUAUAUAUUUGAACAUGGCUAUCAUAUCACCCCUUAACCUCCUCUUCUCCAGGCUAAACAUGCCCAGCUCCCUUAGCCGUUCCUCAUAAGGCAUCGUUUCCAGGCCUUUGACCAUUUUGGUUGCCCUCCUCUGGACAUGUUCCAGUUUGUCAGUGUCCUUCUUGAACUGUGGUGCCCAGAACUGGACACAGUACUCCAGGUGAGGUCUGACCAGAGCAGAAUACAGUGGCACUAUUACUUCCCUUGAUCUAGAUGCUAUACUCCUAUUGAUGCAGCCCAGAAUUGCAUUGGCUUUUUAGCUGCCGCGUCACACUGUUGGCUCAUGUCAAGUUUGUGGUCAACCAAGACUCCUAGAUCCUUUUCACAUGUACUGCUCUCAAGCCAGGUGUCACCCAUCUUGUAUUUGUGCCUCUCAUUUUUUUGGCCAAGUGCAAUACUUUACAUUUCUCCCUGUUAAAAUUCAUCUUGUUUGUUUUGGCCCAGUUCUCUAAUCUGUCAAGGUCAUUUUGAAGUGUGACCCUGUCCUCUGGGGUGUUAGCCACCCUCCCAGUUUGGUGUCAUCUGCAAAUUUGAUCAGGAUGCCCUUGAGUCCAUCAUCCAAGUCGUUGAUAAAGAUGUUGAAUAAGACCGGGCCCAAGACAGAACCCUGUGGCACCCCACUAGUCACUCUUCUCCAGGAUGAAGAGGAACCAUUGAUGAGCACCCUUUGGGUUCGGUCAGUCAGCCAGUUACAAAUCCACUGAGUGGUAGCAUAGUCAAGACCGCAUUUUACCAGCUUCUUUACAAGAAUAUCAUGGGGCACCUUGUCAAAUGCCUUGCUGAAAUCAAGGUAGGCUACAUCCACUGCGUUCCCUUCAUCUACCAGGCUUGUAAUUCUGUCAAAAAACGAGAUCAGGUUAGUCUGACAUGACUUAUUUUUCAGAAAUCCAUGCUGACUAUUGGUGAUCACAGCAUUCCUUUCUAGCUGCUCACAGACUGUUUGCUUAAUGAUCUGCUCCAGAAUCUUCCCUGGUAUUGAUGUCAGACUGACUGGGCGGUAAUUAUUUGGGUCCUCUCUUUUCCCUUUUUGAAAAUAGGGACAACAUUUGCCCUCCUCCAGUCUGCCGGGACUUCGCCUGUUCUCCAGGAAUUCUCAAAGAUGACUGCCAGUGGUUCUGAGAUCACAUCUGCCAGUUCUUUUAAUACUCUUGGAUGCAGUUCAUCUGGCCCUGGAGACUUGAAUACAUCUAAACUAGCCAAGUAUUCUUGUACUAUCUCCUUAGUUAUUCUGGGCUGUGUUUCCUCUGCUGAAUCAUUUGCUCCAAAUUCUUCAGGUCGGGCAUUGUUUUCUUUAUCGGAGAAGGCUGAGGCAAAGAAGGCAUUGAGGAGUUCAGCCCUUUCUGUGUCUCCUGCUUGCAUUUCACCAUCUUCUCCUCUGAGUGACCCCACUGUUUCUUUGUUCUUCCUUUUGCUACGAACAUACCCAUAAAAGCCUUUGGUGUUGCUUUUAACCUCUCUAGCAAGCCUGAGUUCAUUCUGUGCUUUAGCUUUUCUGACUUUGUGUCUACACGUGCUGGCUAUUUGUUUGAAUUCCUCUUUGGUGGUUUCCCCCCUUUUCCAUUUUUUGUACACAUCCUUUUUAAUCUUAACUCAGUUAAAAGUUCUUUAGAUAGCCACCCUGGCUUCUUUAGGCACCUUCCAUGUUUCCGUCCCAUUGGUAUUGCCUGACGUUGUGCUUUUACUAUCUCCCUCUUAACAAACUCCCAGCCAUCAUGAACUCCCUUUCCUUUUAGUAUUACUGUCCAUGGGAUCUCACCCAGCACUUCCUUAAGUUUUAUGAAGUCGGCUUUCUUAAAGUCAAGAAAUUGAGUCCUAGUAUGCUUGGCUGCUCCUUUCCGCUGUAUAGUAAACUUCAGAAGAGCAUGAUCACUCGCGCCUAAUGAUCCUUCCACUUCUACCCCACUAACCAGGUCAUCAACAUUGGUUAGGACCAGAUCUAAAAUGGCUGUUCCUCUUGUUGCUUCUCCCACUUUCUGGACAAUGAAGUUGUCUGCAAGGCCAGUGAGGAAUCUGUUUGACCUUAUGCUCUUGGCUGAGUUUGACAUCCAACAAAUAUCCGGGUAAUUGAAGUCCCCCAUUACUACUAUCUCCCUUCCUUUUGCAUGCUUGGCCAUCUGUUCCAGGAAGGCAUCGUCUAUGUCCUCCGUUUGGCUUGGGGAUCUAUAGUAAACUCCCACAAUGAGGUCACUGUUAUUCUUCUCUCCCUUAAUUUUGACCCAAAUGCUCUCACUUUGGCUUUGAGGUUCUAAAUCUUGGAUCUCUUCACAGGUAUACACCUCCCUGACAUAUAACGCCACUCCUCCUCCUUUCUUGUCUGGUCUGUUUCUCUGAAAUAGAUUGUAUCCCUCCAUUAUUACAUUCCAAUCGUGGGACUUAUCCCACUUAUUGUGGGACUUAUCCCACAUUGUGUGUGUUCAGAUAAUAUUUUCUGUUCUUCCUUUUGUCACCCGCCCCAGUAGUGCAUACAUUAAACCAGGUGUGGGUUAUCUGUGACCCUCCAAAUAUUAAAUCAUGUGGAUGGUGAACCUUUGACCUUCCAGCUCAUAUCAGCCCCAGCCAGCAUGACCAAUGGUUAGGGGUGAUGGAAGCUGUAGUGCAGCAAGUAUUUGGAGGGGCACAAGGACCUCAUCCCUGAUGUAAGUUUCUAGAUUCUGAUUAACAGCUGGCUCUAACUGGUAUGGAGGGUGGAAUAAAUGCAUCUGUUGAUAUUUGUGUUUCAUAGAGACAGAACAUCCACUUGGUAUCAAUAGUCUGUUGCUUGUCUUUAUAUUUUCUUUUUCUCCCCAGCACACCUUUUUCUGUGGCUGAGAUUUAGUUUAAGCACAGCACAACAAAAUAUGCUUCUUGCAGGACAGCACAAAUUGAUGACUAUGACAGCUUUUUUUGAUAACAUGCCAAGAAGCUAGUAAAUGUAAUGUUUAAAAAUAUAUAAUCUCCUCUGGACCAAACUGGCUGAGCAUGUUCAGUGAGCUACCUGAACAUAAACCAUGCUCGGGUUUGAAAUGCUGGAUAAUUUAUGAAGGUAAUGGCUGCUCAAAGAAGGACUGGGAAAUGGGCAGCCUUUUCCAUACAAAUGUCCACACCUCCCUGCUUUGACAGUUCUGAGGGGGAGGUGAAGGAUUGUUUUGUCUGCUAAUGCUGGUUAUACAAAGUGUGUGUGCUGCAACAAAAGGCAGGAAAUUCCCUAAAGCUACUGCUGAGAUGCUGUCUUGGGCCCUUUCUGCCAAUUCAACCCCCAUUUAAUACUUCUUGUCCCUUCCUGGAUUUCAGUAUCCUCUAGUUUGGGGUCUGCCAGCCUUCCUUGGACCCUCAGCCAUCCUGAGCUGCUUGCCUCUGUCCUCUAAACCAACCUUGGACAAUGGGGCAGCUCUAGACUUGGUCAUGCUAAGAGGACACCCAAUGAAACGAUGACUAAUUUAAGGCAUAUUGAUGCCACGCUGUCUCCAGCAAGUCUGGAUCCCAAACCCCAUGGUUGCAGCUUCCUUUACUACUGAGAAGUUUCCUUCCUUUUCAUGGUGAAAAUCUGCUAUGGUUACCCUUUGUUCUGAAUACUGGAGAUGUGACCUAGGUGAGUAUCAGAGAUCCUCAUGCCUGGACUGAGAGGUGGCAUAGAAGAAGGAAGUUGACAUACUAGCUGCCUUGCCAUUUUUAAAAUGCAGCUCAGUGGUAGAGCAUGUGCUUUGCCUAGAAAAGGUUCUGGCUUCAGUCAUCGGCACUGCCAGGUAGUUUUGAAAAAGAUUCCCGGUCCGGAAUCAGGUGCACUGCUGCUAGUCAGGAUUCCCUGAGCUUAAUGGACCAAUAGUGCUACUCAGUAUAAGGCAGGUUCUUUGGCUCCUAUGUUAUGCAUUGUUCCCUUUAGGUACCUUAUAGCACCCCUGGGGCUGUGUACACUAUGCAUUUAUUUAAAGCACACACCCCCCUCUGAAUCCUGGGAACUGUAGUUUCUCCAGCACAGAGCCACAAUUCCCAGCACCCUUAAUGAACUGCAGUUCCCGUAAUUUUUUGUAUGUGCAUGAUGGAAUGAUGUGCCUUAAAAGAAUGGUAUGCAUGCAGUGUGUGUGUGUGUGUGUGUGUGUGUGAGAGAGAGAGAGAGAGAGAGAGAGAGAGAACUCCAGGAGGCCCUGGAUGCCUGGGCACCCACAAAAUCUUCGCUGUGGGUGCCUGGCCUCCACCCACCGCCACUACCUGCUGCUUUACCUCUGGCUCCACGGUGGUGACUGGGCCGGGGCCUUCGCCUCGGGGCUUCUGUUGGGGCCUACUGUGGCCACGGACGUGUGCCCAGGGUGUGCUUGUGGCCUAAGUGGAGGCCUUAGCCUGGUCACUGCAGUGGUGGGAGGGUGUGGGGUGGCGGAACGCCAUCUCCAUGGGACUGUGGGCACCCAUGCUCUGCUGGCCCCUGCCACCGUAGAAGCACAUCCGUGACCACAGUGGCCCCCAACAUAAGCCCCACGGUGGAGGCAGAUGUGAUGUCAUGUCAUCGUGAUGUCAUGUUGUGCACGUGUGUUGCUGGGCACCCAGAGUCUGGGGACCAAGUCAGUACCUCUGGGGUGUGGGUGUGUACACACACACACACACACACACACACAUCAAAUAUGUUUUCCUGUGAAAUGAGUGUAGGACGCUCAACAUUCUUGUUCAGUCUCUUGACAUCUUUCUUCCCAAUACUGUGGUUUUUGUGAGCUGGCAAAUUGGAGAUUGAUCUGUUUGCUUUUGUAAUGUUUGUCUGUUCGUUGUAUAUGGAAUAUUGUACAGGUUGGAAAGAGGAUCUAACAUGAAAUAUCUUUCAAUAGGAGAUAUUUAAGUGUGUGCCCUUAAUUUUUUCAUUUGUAAGUGUGCUUUGUUUUUGGUGAGCUGGCAAGAUGCGGGUCUGUGUAAUAUUUAUUUAUUGCAUGUUCAAUAUGAUACAGUUUGAAAAUUGAAGUUAAACACUCUAGUUUUCAAUUUAUUUCAGUGAGAGAGAUUUAAGUGUGCGCUUAACUCUUUCAUUGAAAUCAAUGGGAAUUCAAAGUGUUUAAUUGUAGCUGGAUUUUGCUGAGGUUUGUUGUUUGCUAAUGGCUUCCUGUGGAAUUAAGUAACAAACGUAUUAAUUAAUAAUGAAUUAAUUACACAUACAUGAGUUGCACAUGCAUGCAAACAUAUUUAGUAAUGUGAAGGAUUUCUGCCACUUUUGCAUUCUGUGCACAUAGAACCAAAACUAAUGAUAGAUUCGCUGUGAAAAGCCUUGUUUCUCUGUUGAGGCUUGAUUCAUAACAUCAGCAAGAUAUUUAGAUGGAGGUUAAGAUUAGAAUUUUUAUGAGAAAGUUAUACAUGCCUCACAAAUGCAUAGACUGGAUUUUUUUUUGCUUUUUUGUAUUGAGUGCUGUGACACUUUUAAUGGAACUCUUUUACGGUUAUUGGAAAUGUUGAACAUUAUUUAAACAUUAUCCCCAGAUAACAUGUCGGCUUCACUAAGGGCAUGGGAAAGUUAACUUUUCUCUUCAUUGCUGCUUCCAUUCGAAAAUAUGGGUUGUAGUUAAUAGGUACCAUUUGGCACUGUCUCCAGAAGUAGCAUGGUUGGCUGCACACAUUUAACAAAUGAGAGGCUAUUCAUGAGUACAGGUAGAGAAUAAUGAUUAGGGCUGAGCCAAAUGUUCUUCUGGUUUGCUUUUUGCCUCAGAAGCAGAAAUUUGGGGUGUCUGGCCCUAUCCCUGUGUUUAAUCUUUAAUCCUGCAUUUCUUCAUGGCUGCUAGUAGCAAUUUAUGUUUCCAUUCUCUUGUGGUGCUUCAGUGCCACUUUAUAUAUAUUUUAAAAAUAAUCAGUUUUAUUUCUUCUUGAGUGGCAUUAUCCAAUAAACUGGUCUUGCCAUAUUUCAAAAGUGAAAAUCUGUUUUUGGCCAAAGUUAUUGAGCUUUUUCUGCAAAAUCUCAAAAACAAAAAAAGUGAGAAGUAUUUUGCCUGUUUUUUGAGUGGGGGACUCAUAAUCUGGUGAACCGGGUUCGCGUCCCCGCUCCUCCACAUGCAGCUGCUGGGUGACCUUGGGCUAGUCACACUUCUCUGAAGUCUCUCAGCCCCACUCACCUCACAGAGUGUUUGUUGUGGGGGAGGAAGGGAAAAGGAGAUUGUCAGCCGCUUUGAGACUCCUUAAGGAGAGUGAUAAAGCGGGAUAUCAAAUCCAAACUCUUCUAUUUGGGGGGGAAAUUGCGAAAAAAAAUCAACACUUCGGAUAUGGACAUUUUUGCCGCUUUUAGAUAGUUCUGACCAGAUGCCAUUUUUGAUGGCUAUGUCUGGAAAAUUCUGGAUGUAUGGCAGCCCUAAAUAAACUGGACACUGGAUGGUGAUGUCUUCGUGCUAGUAAUCCAAUCAGAUUUGGCUAUAUCCUGAUGUCUUUGAGGGCAAAUGAAGUAGGGGAAGCACUUCUAAUAGAGAUUAGAAAAAAACAGUCCCAAGGGGUGGGGCUCCUGUUUGACACUUGACCAUACGAAAUUGCCUUAUAUGAAGUCAGAUUGUUUUCUUUGUCCACCCAACCCACUAUUGUCUACUCCGAUUGGUGCCUUAUUCUGCAGGAGCUUAAGGCUCACAAUUAUAACCUUCCAUCAUCGGUUAGUUGCUACAGCCCCUUGAUCUACUGCCCACUGAAUGCAACACCUGCUUCUUUCUGUCCCCUAUGAACCACACACACAACUCCUAAUCUGCUCUGGAGGCUUGGGGAACCCAAGGGGAGGAAGAGGAAGAUCCACUCUUGUGACAUUCAGUACAACCCAUGGAUGCUCUGUGCACAAUCAAUGGGUUGCGGUUAGGUUGUGGUCUUCCACCAUCAUUUCAAUGCCCCUGUACAUGAUGAUUGCACACAGUAUUUAGUCAACCUCAUUGGGCUAUUAGACUGUGCUGAUAUUUGGGAUGGGGAAAAAACUUCUGCUUCAAGUCCAUGUACUGGUUCUUAGGAUGAUGAACAAGCAGUCGUGUUCUUCUGUUUCAGAGCUUGUUUUCAGUUCAAUCCUUUUUAGACUUUCUGUUUAAAAGCACAGAAAUUAAGUGAUUCGGUAAAUACUUCAUCUUUCUACUCUCUAUUUACUUUACAGUGGAAUGAUUGAAAGUAUAUAACGUGAUUAAAUUGUCCCCAGUGGCAAAGGAAGAAAACUCAAGAGUUAGCAACUAGUGAUAUAUGUUAAUUGCAAAAGAAAUGAAUGAAAGAAUGGGCUCUUUACAUCUCUUCUGUGAGUAAUUCAGAUUUGCAGAUGGCAUUGCACAGAAGCAUAAUUGUUCCGACAAUACCCGUUGCAGCCUAUUUUUGACUAGAAAAUAACAGUCAAGAUGUAACUCUAUAACACCUUUUGGAUUUCCUUUAAUUAGACCAUCUUUAUAAUUAUCUGAGGUGUUUUAUUAUAAGUCAGUUCUUCUAUGCUGUUGAUGGAUGUUUUGAUGCAUUUGGAGGUUUUCAUCUUUAAAUAGACUAAUUUGGCUGUUUUUUUCUUCUUCAAACGGUUGAAUUCAGCAAAGGAAGGACAGGAAGAUUCAGUUUCCAUGCUGCUCCAUGACAGAGAACAACAUCUUAUUGAACAUCUGGCUUCGAUGUACAUAAUAAAACUUAGCAGCUGGAAGGAACAAACCCACUCCUCAGAAAGUAACAUAAAAGACACAGGAAAGAAUCUCCCUGUUAAGAUUCCACAUACUCUGACAAGGGAAGAUGCACUAGUCUCUCUUUCAGUUGAAAUACUGAAAAUUUCUUUAGGAGAGUCUUAGCUCAUAAUGGGCUAACAAUACAGAAGCACAGAUUUCACCUGAACAUUGGGAGAAACUUCUAGAGCAGAGAGGGUAGGGCUUUCUUUUCAGCCUGAAGGCCACAGGACCUUCUAGGCAAUCUUCUGGGGUCACAUGGGCAGGGCCAGAAGCCAAAGUGGUUGGAGCAACAAAUACUAAUUUACUCACACAGCCCUCACUACCCUUUCUUCCGGUCAAGCAAGACGCAUUAACGGAGUUCAAGGACACAUUCUAGACAGACAGAAACACUCAAGGAUGGAGCAAAGCAGGAAUGGUGAGGGAUGUAGUCUGAGGGUAGUUCAGAGGGCCACACAGAGAGGCCUGGAGGGCCACAUGCAGCCCCUGGGCUUGAGGUUUUCCAGACCCAUUUUUGUUUUUGAAGGGGCAGGCUCUUUCAAAAUGACAUCAAUUACCUCCUAGAGUGGUAGUGGGUUCAGACUUGCUGGAAGUCUUCAAGCAAAAGUUGGGUCAGCCAUCUGAUGGGAUUCCUCUAACUCUGGAUUUUCUGCAUCAGUUGUGGACUAAGACCAGGCAUAGGCAAACUCAGCCAUCCAGAUGUUUUGAGACUACAAUUCCUAUAAUCUCUGACCACUGGUCCUGUUAGCUAGAGAUGAUGGGAGUUGUAGUCCCAAAACACCUGGAGGGCCGAGUUUGCCUAUGCCUGACUUAGCCUAAGUAACCUACAGGCCCCAAAGAUUUUGGCUGUUUACACCUAUUACAUUUUAUUCUAGAGUCAAUGGAAACUGGGCACUCCUUUGUUCUACCUAGUCCACUCAUGUAAUCUAGAGAUCUACUGCAUAUUUUUUGGCCCUCAAAAGCACUUCUUGAGAAACUGUUUUCAUUCUGAUUGACUCUGCAUUACCCCACAAUGCAUCCAUUGCAUUGAAAACAGAUGUAGGCAGUACUGGCAAUAGGGAUGUGUGUAUGAGUGUCCACUCCUAUCCAAUGAUGUUGUGAAUGGGCAUCUCCCAAGUCUGCAGUUGCCACUCUUUCUUCAUUCCCCAUGGGCAGGGUGCGAAAGGCAUGGGGAGGAUUUUCAAAUGCUGGUCAAGAAACCAUACCCACCCUUGUGGAAGGCAGUCUCUAGAAUCCAUCCACAUUGAAAACAGCAUGUUGAGGACAAGUGUGAAUGCGUCGGGGUUGAAAAAAAAACCAAUAAAUACAUUUUUGUGCUACAAAAUGGUUAGUGUGUACACAGCCUCUGUGUUGUGGAUGUGAAAUUGAGAUUUCCCUGUUGUAGUAAAUUGUCUUGAGAGGAUAACUUUUUAAUUAUUUGCUCAGAUGUAUAGCCUACCUAACACCUGCUGGUUCAGCUGGAUAACAUUUCCUCAUAAUGCUCGAUGUGAUUUGAGGAUUAUCUGCAUAGAUACAAUGUAUUUGCUAUGGUUGAAGAACAAUAUGAAACUGUGCUAUUGCGUGAAAUUGUGUUUAUGCCAACAGCAGUAGAACCCAGUGAAAUUAGGAGUGCCUGGUGAAUAACAUCUCCCGUAAGGGGCUAUGCUAGCUGGGCAUGUACCCUUCUAGCUGUGGCGAAUCCUAGGAGUCAGCUAAUUAUUUGAGGUUGCACAAGCAAAUAAGGUCGCCCCUAUCACCUUUAUCCAUGAAGACCGUGCAAUUUGUGCGGCUCAAUGGUGGCGUAAUAUAUUGUCUGUUUAUUUCAGCUGUUUUUAUGCCACAGGGGCACAAGGGUUUCUAAGCGGUGUUCAGAAGGGUUACAUAAAGCAUACGGUGGAUAAAACCAAUUUAAAAGUACUGUAAUAAUAAAAUAAAAAAGGCAACCCUGUUUAGGGAAGUUUUUAAUGUGUGACAUUUUAAUGUAUUUUUAAUCUUUGUUGGAAGCUGCUCAGAGUGGCUGGGGAAACCCAGCCAGAUGGGCGGGGCAAAAAUAAAAAAUUAUUAUUAUUUUUGUUGUUGUUGUUAUUAUUAUUAUUAUUAUUAUUAUUAUUAUUAUCUUCCUUAAAAUGCCUGCUGAAAUGGAAAGGACUUGAUGAAGCACCUGAAGUUUGACAGGGAGCGGGCCUGUCUGAUCUCAACCAGGGUGCGCACCGACCCCUCUCGCUCUCCAGGCUUCAGGAAGCUAUCCGCAAGCCUUGGGAGCCCGCGGGAGUUCCCGCCGGGCUCCCCCGGCUUGCGUAGCGCUGCCUCUUAUCCCGAAGCCCUGGUGCGCUCAGCAGUCGGGCCGGGGCUUCAGGUAGCUCUGCGCAAGCCGCAGGAGGGCUUGCGGAGAUCAGCCUGUUCUGGGGGCUAGGGUCGGGGGAAGCUCGGGUUUCCCCUGCCCCAGCCUCGCGCCUUGGGGGGGAAAUAUAUUUUUUUUCUUUAUUUCCCCCCCAAAAAACUAGGUGCGCCUUAUGGGCCGGUGCGCCCUAUGGGGUGAAAAAUACGGUAAUUAGGAUUUUAAAUAGUGCUAUUCUUCCAUUAAUUGCCCAGCUUUUAAAGGAAUUUUCCAUUUGUCUUUUUCUGUCCCUUUUUUUGUUGGUACCAUACAAAUGUUUUAUAGGUAGGUAUUGUGAAAUUGCUCUCCCGUCUUUUGUUUUCUCAUCAAGAAAGCUAAAUCCACAGCUUACCAGCAGCGAAACCAUAUGGUAAGUGUUUCUAAGAAGUGCUCCAACUAUGCAAAUCAUAUAGGCAUUGCAGAGGAUGAGAUUAUGUUUUCAGCUCAUUUAAGUCCUGGUAGAUUACAUUUGUUCAUUUUUCAGUAUCUGGAAUAUAUAUGGCAUUCCCCCUAAAAUUCUGCUCAUUCUUAACUUUUCCUUCUUUGUGUAUAUAAAAUUCACAUAUAUAAUUUAUAAUCUAUUUAUUAAGCUAUUGAUUUGAAAAAUGUACAUGACACUUUUCAGAUUAAAAUAAACCUUUUUCUAGGUUUUUUAAAAAAUGAAGUUUUAGAGCAGCUAAUAAAAUCUGAAACGUAAGUACAACAUUAUAAUAUAAAACAUUACAAAAUCUUUAGCAGCGGAGAUUAAAACAAGAGCAGUGAGUUGGAUUCAAACUUUUAAAAAGGUAUUUAUCUGAAAGCAAAAAAAAAUCAAAGUCUGUGCCAGGCAAGUCUCAGGGAGAUGUGGUGCCACAACUGUAAUGACCCUGGCAAAGGUCACAUUUAUGUUUAAAGGUGGGGAGAUCCAGGGGAGAUUUAAGUGAGAGAAGGGGAUUGUUAAAGUAACCUGGUCUCAAGCUCAAAACUUUUGAAACCAGUGGUGCUUACUUCUGAAUAUACAUCCAUAGGCUUGCAAUAUUAAGGAUGUUUACUCUGGUAUCUUGAAAGUUUGUUGUAUAAAACUGUAGGGUGGAAUUCAGCAUAGCGCUAAUGAGACUGUUUCAUCAGUGCAAGCAUUUCAGCUUGCCCCUUAUUGCAGGCUAAUUGUAUCUGGCCCCUUAUAUUCUAAAGUGGCCUUUUUGGAUGCAAAUGAAUGUGUGUGUGUGUGUGUGUGUGUGUGUAGGGGGGGAUCACAAAGCAAGUUUAAGCACACCCUAAGUGUCAAUUCAACCUUCAAACUAGAAUAAGCUUAGGCUUGGCUUGUGUUAACAGACAAAGCAAAGUUUCCUGGUUUUUCAGACUAUGACCAAGAAUAUGUAAUCAUUUAAGACUAAUGAGCAACCAUAAAAUGUGAGCCUUUAUGGAAAACUGAUUCUGUCCAAUGACUCUGCUUAGCAAACGUUUUGUCAGAUGAUUUUCUCAUUACCCAACUAAAGCAGCCAGAGGUUCAAAACACCCCCCACAUGUUAUGACAGGACCCAAGGAUUUGCUUCCUAGUAUUUCCUUCUUGAAAUACAAGCCAUGGCAGCUGCCUGUUCAUUUGGAAGAGCGAAUGGUGUUGGGAAUAGUUAAUCCUUUCUUCCCAUCAUGUGCUCCUGUUCAGAUUUGCGCCUGGUAGCAUUUCAGUGAAAAAUAAAUUUGAGCAUAACGUGAGAUUCUAAUGCAAAAGAUAUGCUGACGUAGCAUUUGGCAUACACCUUCCAAUAUGUCACAGGUGAAAAUGGGGACAUCCUUGUGACACCCCACUUCCCAAGGAUCACUGCCCACGCUACCUUCUCUCCUUCCUGGCUUUCCUCCACUUUCUCUAUUCAGUCUUCAUUCUCUUUGCAGCUCUCUGUGUUCCACCAGAGAAAACCCAGGAAGGUGUUAAAGAGAUACUUGGAAAAACACAUUUUCUACCAUAUGUGAUCAGUAUUCAAGACAGCUGCUGUGUGUGUGUGUGUGUGUGUGUGUGUGUGUGUGCUUGUGUAAGUCUGGCUGUGCACUGCAUGGUGCCUUGGUAUUCAAUCAUGCCCAUUGGCCUACAUGUGAGCUGAAGCCAAAAUGUCUUCAUUCACCGACUCAGAUAUAUAACUUCUAGAGAUGACCCUGGGGAGAAAACCGAAACCUGAAAAAUGACAGCUCUUGUGAAGUGCAGAAGAUAAAGACAGCGAAAAAGGAAAAAGCUGAGACAUUGUUUUACCAGGGACUAAUAAAUAGGGACAAUGCCUGACAAACAGGGAUAGUUGGAUUCAGGAUAACCACAAGGAAGAGGAACUGUACCAGUAAAGAAGAGGGCAAACGAGGCACUGGAUUGCAUUAAAUUUGCUAAUUUAUAUGUAUCCAGCACUUUUUUUCUCAGGAGACACAGGGGUACGCGUACCCCCAAACAUUUUGUGAAUCUAAUGGGAGAAAAAACUUUAAAAAUUUAGUUUCUUCUCUAGCACGGUGAAUCAUUAGUUCCGUUGCUACCCCUGAUGGCGGCCUCAUUUCCUGUCACAGUGUUUCCUGAGUCUCAGAUGGAAGCGAGCGUUUCAUGUGUGAAGUAGGAGAUGGAAUCUAGCAUGGUGAUUGGUCAGUUUCGUAGUUUCCACCUCUGAUGGAAACUUCAUUUCCUUGCCUGGUGUUUCCUGAGUCUCAGACACAAGCAGAGGAAUCGGGAGGAUGUUAGUGCACACAACCUCAUGCUAAUGUGGAAGUUACUGUGAGCUGUCAGCUGUGCAAUUUACUAUAUUUAUUUCCCCCGAUUUGAAGUACAAAAUUGUAUUUUCUUGAGUCAAAAUGAGAGUACCCCUAAACACUUUUUAAGAAAAAAAGCAAUGUAGAAAUACAAUACAUUUCACCAUGGCAAAGAAGAUGGAGAUAUUGAUGGGCGACUUCAAGGUCCUUCCCUACUAUCUCAUCUUAGGGUCCUUUAUCUUUCAGUUGGACCUGGACUAGACAAGCCUUCAGAGAGAAGUCCCUCAAAGAGAGCAUUGCCCUCUGUAAAGUAGGACACAUGAGCGCCUUCUUUGGCGUGUUUGAAUCCAACUCAGUCCCAGGGAAGAAACACUGAGUCUGAUCAAGGAAGAUUCUUAGCUGUCUCUCUAGAUCAGAGAGCUAAGUCACUGGAACAGCUUUCAGAUAGACGUUUAAAUGUUGAGAUGCUCUUUUGAACACAGGUAUUAAAUCUUCAAAAACACACCCUUCGUGACAAAUUGGCUCCCCUUUUAAUCUAAUCCACACAUACAAGUAGUAAUGGCAUAAUACUAUUAGGGCAGGAAGGGCCUGUCAGGCAAAGGACAUGUAGCUUAAUGGGCCAUCGACUGACUAGUCCUAAGCACUCUUUGAAGGGAUCAGGAGAAGGUAAUGUUUGAAAAUACAUGGCUCAGGAAGAAAAGCCUAUAAGCUCAAUACUUUUUAAUUACUCUACAAAUACGACUGCAGGUAAAUGACAACAGAUAAAAAAUGAAGCAUGCCACCUCAUGGACAUCAUUUUCCGGACAUUAAUUUACCAUUUGACAAAUCAUUUUAAUAUGUUGUGAUGAGUGUGUGUCUACACUUAUCUAAAUCAGUACUAGUCAAGAUUUUCUGCACAGCAUUCAGCCCUAGGAAGAACAGUUGGAAUCUUUUAAUUUCUUUUUGUCCACCCAUCUGAUUUCCCUCUUUCCCCUUUGUUUACUUCCCAUUCCUCAAAUCAAUAAAGCUUUCUUUGUUAGGACCAGUCCACAUAUUACUUUGUCCUACUCAGCCUGGUUGUGCAUUACAACCAGAAAAUGAGUGCAGAGAGUGAGGUUUUCUUCAGAACCAGCCACCUCGAGUGCCCCCCACCCCACUCCUGUCAGAUGUAGGCUAAUGAAAGGGAAUGUAUGUGGCCGAUUUAUGAAGCUUUUGUUGGUUUGGAGCCAGCAGGUCUUAUUCUUGACAUCCAUGAUGUUUCUCAGUUCUUCAGUCUGAACAGCUUCUGAGGAUCUGACCUAGAAGAAUACUCUUAAUUCCUCUUCCUUUCCAGCCUGUCUUAGACUCACACUUUGCUCCCCUUUUUGAGUUUUUGGAUUGCUAUGUGACGGCUGAUCUUGCUUCUUUCACCAGAGAUCAUAUCUCUUGUCACCACUGUCCUCACUGACACCACCCCACCUGUGAUUGGAGACUCCUCCUUAGGCUGUGGACUUCUUCAUCUUGAAGAAACCUAUACAGACACAACCCUACAACUCUUGUGGGACCUCACAUUAUGUGUACACUUGUGUCCCCCCCAAUAUAUAUUAUAUAAUGUGGCUUAUAUUAAACAUAGGAUCAAGUUCCAUCAAAAUUCAUAAGCUUUCCUUUCAUAAACUGGUUGAUCCCAUUUGUUGUAGCCACCCUCUAUAACUGCCUUUUCUUCUUCUUCUUUCAGUAGUAUAGUAAACAGCUGUACAGGGAGAUUUGAUGUAGUGAUAAAUUCCAUCCUGGGUUUCUCUAGCUGAAGUAAUGGCCGUGACUGCUGCCAACAGUGUACUUACUAGUGACGCCAAGGACAUAGAGUAAGGGGUGGAUUGUUGCAGUGGCUGCUCUUUUGGGGCUGGCUGGCAGUGUUGGUGUAAAACUGUUCAUGGGAGCAGAACGCUUCUAAUGGUAUCUUCAUUUUGAAUGCGCUGCACUGCUGUGAUCAAUUUUACUGAUAAGUGUCCUCUAAUUAAACGGAACGAGAAGAUCACGACUUAUUUUAAACUGGGAAAUGAGUUGGAUGUAAUUGUCUAACACUCCUAAUGGUUUUCCUGUACCAGUCUUUCAUUUUUAUUUUGCUGGUGAUGAAGGUGCUGCUGUUGCAGCUGGAGACUUGAGCACCAUAGUCUUCAUAAAAACGGGCCUAAUAUGUACAGAAUGAAAGAGAUUGCUAUUCAAGUGAAUCCCAGAAUAGAAGAAAAUGCCGCAAUACUGCUAAAACCUUUGAAAUAAAUGCCGUGGUUUUACAAUUUAGUAUUUAUACCAAGCACUGCAUUCAAUUAAACUGAAUUACAGCAUAAUCCUAUGCACAUUUUCUCAAAAACAUAUCCCUGUAUGCACAUUAUUCCCAGGAAACCGUGCAUAGGAUUGCUGCCUUAAACAUACUGUAGUGGUAUGUUUAAGACUAGAUGCUUUUAGUGCCUGUAUUGUUUGGUUGUUUAUUUAAUUAGUCAAUGAAAAGCAUGUCAGUAUCCUUUUUAGCCUUAACAUACAUACAACAAUGUGAAGUGUUUAUAAAUUGCUUUGUGUCUGAACAUGCUUCUAAGAAUAAAGCUUUAAUUUAGAUAUGGAAAUCCUUGACUUAAUGUACCUGGCUUUGUUUUCAGCAUGAGAUAGGGACCAGGCUUCUUGCUGAAGAAGAGAGGGACCACCAUUUAUCUUUUUGAGAUUGUCAGAGUCUGACAGCUAUGCACUUACAAUCCAGUUAGCUUGUUUGCUUUUCGUAGCUGAGAUCGAGAGCUAGUAAAUCUUCUCCCUCAUCUCUGAUAUUCUAAUGCUACUACUUAGCAUUUAUAGAGCACAUUUCAAGCAUGUAAAGCAGUUCUAUGCAUCAUCUGAGUAAUCUUUAUUGCCAACUCUGUAAUGUAGGGCAGCACAUUAUCUCCCUAUUGCAAAUGGGAAACUGAGGCUGAGAGGCUAGCCUCACCCAGUGUUUGUGUUUAUAUGUACACGUGUGCGUGCUAUUGAGUUAAUCUGAACGCAGGAAUUUUGGGAUUAUAGUGUACAUAUGUGUCUUCACUGUUCUGCACCAUAUAUCAAUGGCCAUUUUAAUCUGAUGGUAAUACGGGAAUGGGCUAAUGCCAAAGAUGUUUCAGGUCUGGUGAAGGAACACGCUGAUAAAAGCAUAGCAGCUAUUUACUCUCUCCUUUUAAUAGGACAAUGCAGCCGAAUAUUCCCACCUCACCUUGGCACAUCACAGAUAAUCCAUGGCAAUGGUACCACCGUUGGCACAGUAAUAACAUUCCAGUGUUCUGCAGAACACCAGCUGAUUGGACAAGGCGUUGUCACAUGCAUUUGGAAAGGAAACAGCACACAGUGGACAGCAGACAUUCCUUCUUGUAAACGUAAGUAUUUUCCCCCACUGAUUUGGACAGUUCUUUUACCUUAUCUUUUCCGACUUGAUCCAUAACACUGGCAAAGCUGAUGAUGGAUGUGUAGGGAGACAGUGAAUGAUUGUUACUGUAUUUUUCCGUGCAUAAGAUGAGCUUUUUUGACCCAAAAAUGAGGUUAAAAAUUUAGGCUCAUCUUAUACACGGGUAGUGCUGAGGGUGGAUGUGCGAAUGAUUUUUUGGCGCAAGCCUGAGAUUGUAAGCGAUUGGCCGCUUGAUUGUUGGGGGGAGGGGGGAUGCUGAAAAUCACUCACCCUCCAGAACACAGCACACAACCGCUCAUGUCGCUUACAAUUGCUGCUCGCGUCACAGAAACCACCUAUCAGCUCCCCAAUUCCUGCCAGCGGCCACCAAUCACGCUCCACUUGUUGCAACAAAGGCAGCUGUCUAUUGGCUGCCACAGCGACAAUCAGAAGGGCUAAUGGCGGCGAUCAGGCAGCUGCGAAGCGAGCGGUUGUCUGCUACGUUCUGGUGGGUGAGCGAUUUUCGGGAUUCCCCCCCUCCCCCACAACAAUCAAGCGGCCAAUGCCGAAAAUCGCUCACCUGCCGGAACGAAGUGUGAGCCCAAGUUUUUAAGCGGUGAUUGGCCACUUGAUUGUUGGGGGGGGGGGGCAGAUGCCGAAAAUCACACACCCGUCAGAACGAAGUGCGAGCCCGAGAUCAUAAGCAGCAGUUGUAAGUGACGCGAGCGGUUGUGUGCUGCAUUCUGGCAGGUGAGCCAUUUUCAACCCCGCCCCCAAAUAAUCCUCCCCAAAAGCUCAGUUCUCCCCUAUUUUCUAAAUUUUGAGGCCCCCAAAAUAGGGGGCGUCUUAUAGAUGGAAAAAUAUGGCACUACCAUAUGCAAGAAUACUUGAGUCACAUUCUGAUACCACCAGCUACUAUCAAAGAAAGGCUAGAGGAGAGCUUUAUGAGGGAUAUAAAUGCUUACCCUUGUACUUGUUUCAUUUUUGCAACUGUGAGACGUGUUCUGUACCCUUUCUCAGAAAACUGCAGGUCUGACCAAUCAGGCUGAUUUUUUAUAUAACUUGUCUGUGAAUAGCUUUCGCUCGCUCUCUUUAAUUUAAUGCUAGGCUUUUGGGGGGAAAAAUGAUUCAUCUCCUAAAAAUAUGGAUAGUUCUGUAAAGCGCAAUUAGGCUACUGCCGGUAGAUAGCAGAAAGAAGAGGCUGUCACAUUGACAAUGGACCUUAAAUGGCAACAAUAUUAGCCCCUUUUCACUCUGUGCUUUUUCUUAUUUAUUACAUCAGUGGUAAUGGUCCAACUGGGGGAAAAGAGGCUGCAGCCAAGCCAUAGGAUUUCAGCAAGUUGCUAUCAAUCCUAAAUAGACCGGAAGUGCAUCCACAUCUAAUUUUAAAAUGACAAGGGACUGAGUGGCUUGCCCACUCAUCUGAAAUUUGCUUGCAAAGCUGAACCACAGUGGUGCAUUCCUGGUUAAUUGUGUUUCCAAUCACAGCAAGACACUGGCAGCAACAGCUGCUCUAAAGAGUAUAAAAGCUGUCUUUGGAAGGUGUCUUAAUAAGAUAUUAUCUAAAUAUCUGAGCCCCAUGUUUAAGUCGUGACAUCCAAUUAUUCAAAUAAAUCAAUAUGCACAUUAUACUCAGUUCUGUUCCUCCUUUUCUUUGCACUCUGGUGCACCUGUAGAUUGUGGGCUGCCUAGUCUGAUAUCACUGUUGAUGGCCAAUAUGUUCAUGGCCCUGGAUCUCCUUUCUUAUGGUUCUUGAACUUCAAACCACAGCUGGAGUGGACAGCCCAUCAAACAGAAGAUUCUCAUCUGAUAGCCCUUCAGAGAGAGGACACUGGGCCACCCUAGUCAGCGGCGAAUGAAGGUGUCGUGACACCCGGGGCGGGGCGUCACUACGUAGGGCGCAUGUGCGACGUUGUAUGUGCAUGUGCAUGCACCGUACGUAGCGACGCCACACAUGCAUUGUACAUAGCAGUUUGCUGCUGAAGCCGGGAUCCUGCACAUGUGGCUGCGGCAGCGCGAUGGCUGCUCGCACUGCCGUGAGCCCCCGUGGGGUGCCUUCUUGUCACCCCCCCCAGACAUGGCACCCGGGGCGCACCGCCCCCCACCCCCCGUUGUGACGCCACUGACCCUUGUACAAGCCAUCAAGGGUGCCUAGUUUUGUGUGCUGACUUUAGUGGAUGCAGCAGGUGAUAUAGCAGAACCAAAGAUUAUUCACAUGUGCCUGAUAUCUACCUAGAUCCAAGCUAACAGAAAGAAACAGCCCUAGGAAUUAUUCUACCUUAAUGUAAUAUGUGAAACUGCCAGCGGGAUGGCACAGCAGACAAUGACUGCUGCUUACCUGUCUGUGCUCACAGCUAGCCCUGUUAAAUACCACACAUGUUCCUUUCUAAUAUUAAGAGUAUCACUUUUCUUAUUGUUUGCCCCUUGAUCCUUCCUGAUCCCUAUUCUUUGGUGUGCUGAAGCAUCAAAAGUAUGUCUACCAAUAUUGCAUUGAUGACAGACAAUCUCUUGCACCUCCUUAGACUUGAAAAAGUGUGACCCUGGGCAGCGUUAUAGCUUUGCUUGCUGGGAAGAUGAACCCUGACACUGUUAUCCAUAAACAUAACCCGUUAAAUAUCAGCUGCCAGGCGAAGUAUACAAUUAAAUUAAAGAGCUGUCCUAACCAUUAACUUCUUUAAAGGUUUGCCUCCCAUCAUUUCCCCCCACCCAUUUUUUUUGGUAGCUCUAGGAUUUGUUAAUGUCAUUCCUUUAAAAAUUCAAAUGCAUGCAUUGUAUUGAUUCAAGAUUGUACAGCAUGUGACCCACUUAAACAUCCUAGUGUCCCCACCACCACCCUCCAUAGAACUGAAAGAAUAAAGAAACAAUCUAGCACUGAACAGGCUGCAAAGACCUAAGCGGUAGGCUGUGUUUGGAUUAGAAUCAUAGAAUCAUAGAAUCAUAGAGUUGGAAGAGACCACAAGGGCCAUCGAGUCCAACCCCCUGCCAAGCAGGAAACACCAUCAGAGCACUCCUGACAUAUGGUUGUCAAGCCUCUGCUUAAAGACCUCCAAAGAAGGAGACAAACCACUCUCCUUGGCAGCAAAUUCCACUGUCGAACAGCUCUUACUGUCAGGAAGUUCUUCCUAAUGUUUAGGUGGAAUCUUCUUUCUUGUAGUUUGGAUCCAUUGCUCCGUGUCCACUUCUCUGGAGCAGCAGAAAACAACCUUUCUCCCUCCUCUAUGUGACAUCCUUUUAUAUAUUUGAACAUGGCUAUCAUAUCACCCCUUAACCUCCUCCUCCUCUUCUCCAGGCUAAACAUGCCCAGCUCCCUUAGCCGUUCCUCAUAAGGCAUCGUUUCCAGGCCUUUGACCAUUUUGGUUGCCCUCCUCUGGACACGUUCCAGUUUGUCAGUGUCCUUCUUGAACUGUGGUGCCCAGAACUGGGCACAGUACUCCAGGUGAGGUCUGACCAGAGCAGAAUACAGUGGCACUAUUACUUCCCUUGAUCUAGAUGCUAUACUCCUAUUGAUGCAGCCCAGAAUUGCAUUGGCUGUUUUAGCUGCCACGUCACACUGUUGGCUCAUGUCAAGUUUGUGGUCAACCAAGACUCCUAGAUCCUUUUCACAUGUACCGCUCUCAAGCCAGGUGUCACCCAUCUUGUAUUUGUGCCUCUCAUUUUUUUUGCCCAAGUGCAAUACUUUACAUUUCUCCCUGUUAAAAUUCAUCUUCUUUGUUUUGGCCCAGUUCUCUAAUCUGUCAAGGUCGUUUUGAAGUGUGAUCCUGUCCUCUGGGGUGUUAGCCACCCCUCCCAGUUUGGUGUCAUCUGCAAAAUUGAUCAGGAUGCCCUUGAGUCCAUCAUCCAAGUCGUUGAUAAAGAUGUUGAAUAAGACCGGGCCCAAGACAGAACCCUGUGGCACCCCACUAGUCACUCUUCUCCAGGAUGAAGAGGAACCAUUGAUGAGCACCCUUUGGGUUCGGUCAGUCAGCCAGUUACAAAUCCACUGAGUGGUAGCAUAGUCAAGACCGCAUUUUACCAGCUUCUUUACAAGAAUAUCAUGGGGCACCUUGUCAAAUGCCUUGCUGAAAUCAAGGUAGGCUACAUCCACUGCGUUCCCUUCAUCUACCAGGCUUGUAAUUCUGUCAAAAACAAGAUCAGGUUAGUCUGACAUGACUUAUUUUUCAGAAAUCCAUGCUGACUAUUGGUGAUCACAGCAUUCCUUUCUAGGUGCUCACAGACUGUUUGCUUAAUGAUCUGCUCCAGAAUCUUCCCUGGUAUUGAUGUCAGACUGACUGGGCGGUAAUUAUUUGGGUCCUCUCUUUUCCCCUUUUUGAAAAUAGGGACAACAUUUACCCUCCUCCAGUCUGCCGGGACUUCGCCUGUUCUCCAGGAAUUCUCAAAGAUGACUGCCAGUGGUUCUGAGUUCACAUCUGCCAGUUCUUUUAAUACUCUUGGAUGCAGUUCAUCUGGCCCUGGAGACUUGAAUACAUCUAAACUAGCCAAGUAUUCUUGUACUAUCUCCUUAGUUAUUCUGGGCUGUGUUUCCUUUGCUGAAUCAUUUGCUCCAAAUUCUUCAGGUCGGGCAUUGUUUUCUUUAUCGGAGAAGACUGAGGCAAAGAAGGCAUUGAGGAGUUCAGCCCUUUCCGUGUCCCCUGUUUGCAUUUCACCAUCUUCUCCUCUGAGUGACCCCACUGUUUCUUUGUUCUUCCUUUUGCUACGAACAUACCCAUAAAAGCCUUUUUUGUUGCUUUUAACCUCUCUAGCAAGCCUGAGUUCAUUCUGUGCUUUAGCUUUUCUGACUUUGAGUCUACACGUGCUGGCUAUUUGUUUGAAUUCCUCUUUGGUGGUUUCCCCCCUUUUCCAUUUUUUGUACACAUCCUUUUUUUAAUCUUAACUCAGUUAAAAGUUCUUUAGAUAGCCACCCUGGCUUCUUUAGGCACCUUCCAUGUUUCCGUCUCAUUGGUAUUGCCUGACGUUGUGCUUUUAGUAUCUUAACAAACUCCCAGCCAUCAUGAACUCCCUUUCCUUUUAGUAUUACUGUCCAUGGGAUCUCACCCAGCACUUCCCUAAGUUUUAGGAAGUUGGCUUUCUUAAAGUCAAGAAAUUGAGUCCUAGUAUGCUUGGCUGCUCCUUUCCGCUGUAUAGUAAACUUCAGAAGAGCAUGAUCACUCGCGCCUAAUGAUCCUUCCACUUCUACCCCACUAACCAGGUCAUCAACAUUGGUUAGGACCAGAUCUAAAAUGGCUGUUCCUCUUGUUGCUUCUCCCACUUUCUGGACAAUGAAGUUGUCUGCAAGGCCAGUGAGGAAUCUGUUUGACCUUAUGCUCUUGGCUGAGUUUGACAUCCAACAAAUAUCCGGGUAAUUGAAGUCCCUCAUUACUACUAUCUCCCUUCCUUUUGCAUGCUUGGCCAUCUGUUCCAGGAAGGCAUCAUCUAUGUCCUCCGUUUGGCUUGGGGAUCUAUAGUAAACUCCCACAAUGAGGUCACUGUUAUUCGUCUCUCCCUUAAUUUUGACCCAAAUGCUCUCACUUUGGCUUUGAGGUUCUAAAUCUUGGAUCUCUUCACAGGUAUACACAUCCCUGACAUAUAACGCCACUCCUCCUCCUUUCUUGUCUGGUCUGUUUCUCUGAAAUAGAUUGUAUCCCCCAUUAUUACAUUCCAAUCGUGGGACUUAUCCCACCAGGUUUCAGUGAUGCCUAUUAUGUCAUAUUUAGUUUGCUGUACCAAGAGCUCAAGCUCAUCUUGUUUAUUUCCCAUGCUUUGCGCAUUAGUGUACAGACAUUGAAGUCCAUUAAUCAUUCCCCGUGUCUCUUAUUUAAGGAUUUUUCCUCCCACCACUAGGUCUGCGUGCUGUUUGCUCCAUUUGGUCUAUGACAUUUGGAUGAUCAUCUUCAUCAAUUGAUAGACUCCUACCUUCAGGAGCACUGUCUCCCUCCCCACAUUAGUCAGUUUAAAGCCCUCCUGAUGAGGUUUCUGAGAUUUUUGGCAAAAACAUUUCUCCCAACCGUUGUGAGGUGCAGCCCAUCGCUUGCCAGAAGUCCAUCUUCAAGAAACUGCAGUCCGUGAUCUAAGAAUCCAAACCGUUCCUGUUUACACCAUUUGCGAAGCCAGCUGUUCACUUCCACUAUUUUCCCUCUCUCCCUGGGCCACGUCGUUCAACUGGGAGGACAGAUGAGAUGACAAUUUGUGCAUUUAAUUGCUUCAAUUUCCUGCCCAGAGCCUCGUAGUCUCUUUUGAUCUUCUGGAGGCUAUUGCUUACAGUGUCAUUGGUUCCCACAUGAACCAAGAGGAAGGGGUAUUUGUCAGUGGGUUUUAUGAUUCCUUGCAGUCGUUCAGUUACAUCUUGGAUCUUAGCCCCGGGAGACAGCACACUUCCCGAGACAUCUUGUCAGGCCCACAGAUCACUGCUUCUGUUCCCCUCAGUAGGGAAUCCCCUAUCACCAUUACACGCCUCCUCUUAGGUUUGGUCGGGGUUCUUCCGUGAGCUGUCCGUUCCAAGGUCGCCUGCACAUUCCCUGAGGACUGACUUUGCUGCUCGUCUUCAUAUACCUGAUCGACUGUAAUGAGGAGAGAUCCUCAAAUGGAGUCUGCUCUUCGUCUUCCAUGCUAGGGAGAGGACCUCAAAGUGAUUGUGUAUUUCUAAACAAUCAGAGCGAACCCUGGGCCUCCUACUUCUUUGAGUCACGUUUCUCCAUAUAUCUGGCUCCUGUGUUGGUGAACUAGCCUCCUUCUCAGGGGAGUCCCCUGUCUCCUCCUUGGUGGAGACGGUGUGCUCUGUUGCUUCCAAAUUGGAUUGGCGUGCCACAACAGCGCCCAGGGCCAGCCCUCCCAUUAGGCCAAAUGAGGCAACUGCUUUAGGCAGCAGGUGCUGUGGGGCAGCAGCGGCAGCUGCCUGCUUCUCCCAAGCCACCUGUCCAUUCUGCUCUGCCGGAAGGCAGAGAUGUAUGUUUCUCAUGAACUGCCUACGCUGACUAGCUGCUUCAGGUAUAUGGGGGAUGCUAUCCCAUCACCAGUGCCGAAGUAAGAUUCAGCUGCCAGUUCAGUCAACUUCUGUUCAUGGAAAGACAUCUUGCCUUUUGCCUCAGGCAGCAAAAUGUCUUGGGCCAACCCUGGCCGUGUCGGUUCUGAAUUUGAUGGGCUAUAUUGGCAAAUAUUCUAUCAGUGCCCUCCUUGCCGAGUACUUUAACUUCCUCUUCUUGCCGCUGUUGCUGAUUGGUUGGCUGUUCCCUCUGGGCCCAAUCAGCACUGCCUUCUAGAGGAAGAAGACAAGGUACAUGCUCUUUGCUUUCUUGGAGAUGGAAGGUGAACACUCAGCAGCAGGAAGAAGGGCAGUAGCACAACCAGGAGACUCCAGGAAUUGGCGACGGGACCCUUAUUGAGGCAUGGUUCUGGGCAGGGUGCCUGACAAUGCCAGUCCCUGGCGCCAGGCCUGUGCCACAAGCUGUGCAUAUAGACAGAGUGCUUCCCUCUCCCUCCUUUUCCCGUUCUUAUUCUUCUUCUCUGCAGGAUUAGUUACUGUGCCAAGUUACUUGUGAGUAUUUCAUUGCUCACUUAUAAAUAGGACGCUUUUAAAUAGUCUGCCUUGAGAUGCUCCCAGGUUGAACUGAAGCCAAAACACUCCACUUGUCAGCACAUACUAAAGUGAGGGGUUCAUUAGCAGGAAUACAAAGGAGGUAGAUAUCAGGGCGGAUGUCAAUCUCUGACUGUGUUUGCUGUAUUGCAGCUGUAUCCAAAUACGAAACCUUUGGAUUUAAAGUUGCCGUCAUUGCCUCCAUUGUGAGCUGCGCCAUUAUUCUGCUGAUGUCGAUGGCUUUUUUAACCUGCUGUCUUAUCAAGUGUGUUAAGAAAAGUGAGAGAAGAAGAGCUCAAAGGUAUGUCAUGUUUGACAGGCAAAGUCGUUUCAGGGGAAAGGUUUAAGAGAGGUAACUUGAAGGCUCAACUAUACGAGAGACAGCAUGUUAUUGUUCUACUGCUGAUUUUCUUUGAGAUUUUUGCUGUACUUGUAGAAUUGUAGAGUUGGAAGGGACCCCAAGGGCCAUCUAAUCCAACCCUCUGCAAUGUUGUUGUUGGUGUAGUAUGGACAUGGAAAAUGGAAGAUUCCCUUGGUUUCCCAUGCUACGGUGUCUGAAAAUUUGGGGAUGUACUUUGCUGAGGGGACGAAAGCCAGUUAUGUUCUAGCAUUGCACAUCAUUUUUGGCUCUGAAAUAACUGAUAACAAAAUAAGUGUUUAAAGCAUUGUUUGAUUUUGACAGCUUCUCAGCUUAAUUCUAGUGAUGAUACCCCAGUGUUUGCUGUGUCUAGGGAGAGGCAGCAAAUCUCAAGGAAGCCACGACUUGUCCAAUCUUUGCAUCACUCCCUGCCAUAUCAGCAGCCAUUCUUCUCCUGCUGCUGCCUUGGAAACAAUGUUUACACCAUGCUGAACAAUCACAGGCAGGGUCAGUGGAACAGAGCAGGCCUGACAUUAGGACUGGGCUUAGGGAAGCAAAUGUUGGGCUCCCACUGCAGCUGAGGCUGGUCACUGACUUCCCUUUAAUAUAAUAUAUAUUUGGAGAGCGGCAGUACUCAGCCUGGCACUGUGAAGAGAAGUGUGUGGCAAACUACUGCAAUAACCACCACCAUUUUCAUUUCCCCAGAAUGGUUCUGAGCCCUGAUGUAAGCAGCAGCAGCUGAGUUCUGUAGUAACAAAUUGUAGACUAGGCCAGGGGUCCCUUUACAGACGGAGGGCCUCAUUCCCUUCUGGAGGCCACACACAGGUGGUGGGCAGGGCCAGGGACAAAAGUGGCUAGACCAACAAAUGUAUAAAUGUAAAGUGGCCCCUGACCAUUAGGUCCAGUCGUGAUCGACUCUAGGGUUGCGGCGCUCAUCUCGCUUUACUGGCCGAGGGAGCUAGCAUACAGCUUCCGGGUCAUGUGGCCAGCGUGACUAAGCCGCUUCUGGUGAACCAGAGCAGCGCACGGAAACACCAUUUACCUUCCCGCCAGAGCGGUACCUAUUUAUCCACUUGCACUUUGACGUGCUUUUGAAUUGCUAGGUUGGCAGGAGCAGGGACCGAGCAACGGGAGCUCACCCCGUCGCGGGGAUUUGAACCGCCGACCUUCUGAUCGGCAAGUCCUAGGCUCUGUGGUUUAACCCACAUACUUUCCCUUUAUACAGUAGUUUCUACUAGGGUUACCAUAUUUUGAAGAGCAAAAAAGAGGAUAUAUUUGUCGACUUCUACUUUUAACUAUGGAUCGGUAUGACGACUCUACCCAUGAAAAAUUGGAUGCGUCCUGGAAAAAGAGGACAUAUGACAACCCUAAACACACACACACAUAAUUUUUCUCGAGGAACUGGCUUAAAAAAGGGACAGAUGAGUUGCCCUGGGCAAGAUGAAGUCAGUAACAAAUUUAAUUUAUAAUAGGAAUAAUUUCAGGAGAAACUUCUUGAGCAGGGACAGAAAACCUUUUACAGCCUGAGGGCCACAGUCCCUUCUAAGCAACCUUCUGGGGGCCACAUGCAAGUGGUAGGACCAGAAGAAAGAGUGGGUGGAGCAAUAUAUGCCAAAUUAUUCUCAAACCCCUCUCUAUCCUUGAUCCAGCCAAGGAGAAGCCAUUAUCAGAGCUCAAUAACACAUUCUAUCCAGGCAGAAAUACCCAAGGAGGGGCUCAAAGUUUAGGGGUAUUUCCUGGGAAAGGAGGGGUGUGAGAUUUUUCAAGAGGCGUGGAGUGUAAUUUAUGUAUACAAUUUUUGUAGCUGGGGAGGGAAACACAGUGGCAUCUCCAGCCGGCAAAUGUUAUGUGUAGCCCAGCUUCCUAUAAUCUCCAAUGCUAUUUGUGAGGGUCGUACAAAGGCCACAAACACACCUUGAUUUUUAAAUAAUGUAGAUAGGGCAGAAGCAAAGAACUCACAAAUAUUACCAAGAAAAAGAACAGACUUUUAAUUCUAUCACCUGACUGAACCAUGGAGGGGUGAGAGAUGUGUCCCUUUUGUUAAAGAUUUAACUAUUAUGUAUGAGGAGGAAGUUAAUCAGUAUUAUGUCCUGCAAAUAUAGGCCUGUGGUGAGAGGGCAACAGGUGGGUUGUCAGUGCUUUAAUGUAAAAGAAGGAAAGCCAUGAAACCAAUUAAAUUAUUUUUUUAGCUGGAAACAGCCAGUGACAGCAGCACAGCUUGUUUAUAUAAGUGCUGUUCAGGAAGGCAGAUAAUGGCAAUUAUACUUUAAUUUCUGAAAUACUAGUGCUUCCAUAUUAUAUAAUUGAAGGGUUUUUGACACGUGUCUUUUGUUCUUACAUCUCCUGAGAAUUGUAUUGGACUUUCCCAAAUGCCAAAUUCUUGUUUAUGCAAGCAUUUAGUGGAUUAGAUACUAAGGAUCUCUAGUACCCUGCUGGAUCCUUCCCAUUCUUAUCCACUACAAGCAGCCUCCUCACACACAUGAAGAUCUUCUUUUGGGGGGUGGGUUUAGUCUGUAUGCCAAAGGUAAACAAAACAAAACAAAACAAAACACUGUUUUGCUUCAAAAUCAGACGUUUGUCAUGUGAUGGCAAUUUUCCUGCGUUUAUUGCAGAAAACCGCAGUAAAAGUUUCUAAAAGUAAUCUAAAUGUGGCUAUUGGAACUCUGGUGAAAGUUGUCCCAUCUGUCUGUCUGCAAUGACACUUCGUUAAUGCAUGUGGCAACUUGCUCUGCUCCCAGCGGUUGUCAUGUUCACAAUCUCUUAAAAGGUGAAAGGUAAAGGACCCCUGGAUGGUUAAGUCCAGUCAAAGGCGACUAUGGAAUUGUGGCACUCAUCUCGCUUUCAGGCCGAGGGUUGCCAGUGUUUGUCCACAGACAGCUUUCCAGGUCAUGUGGCCAGCAUGACUAAACCACUUCUGGCAUAACAGAACACCGUGAUGGAAACCAGAGCACACGGAAACGCCGUUUACCUUCCUGCUGCAGCGGCACCUAUUUAUCUGCUCACACUGGUAUGCUUUCGAACUGCUAGGUUGGCAGGAGCUGGGACAGAGCAACAAGCUCUUACCAUAUUUUAAACACUUCCUGCUUCCCAAAUGGCACCUUUACCCACCCUGAUAUUAUUUAAUACUAUGCAUUAUUAUUUUCCAGAUUUAUUAGUUGUUUGCUACAAUUGCAAAUACACACAACAAAACCACCCACAUCCAAAUUGCACAGCUGUUCCAGAAGUCCUGAUAGUGUGACUGAUGGUGUCAAAAGCUACCAUGAGCUCAAGGAGCAUGAAAAGCUCCCCAUCCCCCUGUCACUCAUUCACAGUCCCAUACGUGUUUACAUGAUGGGUGUAUACUUUCUAAAGCAGUAGCAGAAAAAGAGGAAUGGCAGUAAAAAUAAAAAACUGAAAGUAUCCCCUGCAGAUUUAAUACUGUUUCCUAUUUAUUUUCUGUCUGUUGAUGUCACGUGGUCUCUUUUCAUGGGUGCUCUUCAUAUUUGGGGUCCUUCCUUUGAAACUCUUCUUUGCUUUGCUCUUUGCCAGUGCUACUGAAACCUUUUUAGCUCAAUCACCUGCCUGGCUAACGACACUGCUGCCGCCCAUGUUUAUCCUUUCCUCUGUGUCCAUUUUUACAGGGAUAUGCAACUAUGGUAUCAGCUCAGAAGUGAAGAACUGGAAAACAUGCAAGCAGCUUACUUUGGUUUUAAAGGCAGAAAUAACAACAAUAACAAAAUAAAGAAUAAGCCAGUAUUUGAUGAUGGUGGUAAUAUGGCGUAUGACAACCGAGGCUUCUGCAGGUAAGGUAGCCCAGGGUACUGGGUUAUGCAGCUUUGCAAGACCAAAACUCUUUAACACAUUGAACAGUCCACAAAGUACCUUGGAUUGAGGUGGGCUGUUUGCCAAAUCAGGGUCUGAACCAAUUCUUGAGGUCUGUGGACCCCUGUACUAGACAGCGGCAAAUGACUGACUUCUCUGGUGUUCAUACAAAGCCCUUUAUCAUAUACAUUGUUUGACUGUAUGGGCUCCAUUCAGAUAGUGCUAAAAUGCCUCUGUUCUCCGUACAAAAAAAAAAAAAGGUCAAAAUGAAAACUUUUGCUCAUUCUUGGCAUCGUGCCUCCAGUCUUUGUCUACAUGUCAUGAUUCACUGGUUUAACUUAAUAUAUAUCACCUACGUGAUGCAGUCUUAUUUGGGAUAAUGCAACAUAGAACACAGUAUGAAGCUAUAGUCCUGAUUGUGUAUACACUGGGGCUAUGUAAUUCGAACUGGUCAGUGACUCUGAUUUGGAGGUAGUAACAGAAAGUUCAGCCUUAUUACCUUUUGUAACCACCAGUGUCAUCUGAUGCUUGCAUACACAUCAGGUUCUGCUUUCCCUGGGCCAUGGGCACACCCAAUUCAUGGGAUGCAAAGUCCAUUUGAGGUGUAUGUGCUGAUGGAAUCUGCACCCAAUGCUUCUCUCCCUUCCUGGGAGGAAAUCAAAACCUGGCUAAAUCAGAAUACAAAAUCUGAUAGAGCAAAGUUGGAUAGAUUCUUUUGGGGGGGGUGGCAAACUUUUGUUGAUAUCUGUCUGAGGCCACUGCAUUCAUUUGGGUCAUCUCCUUGUUCCAUACUUAUCUGUCCUACAGCAGCACUAACCAGUCAACUGGUUGUCUCUUCAGAAUAAUUAAAGGAGAGACACGGUACCUCAGCCCCCUGGGCUGAAUGCAACCCUCCAGGUAUCUCUGCCCAGCCUGUGGAACUCUCCUCAGGCCAUGCCCUUUCACAAACCAUUUUUCAUGCUUUUACGUGGCUGGAAUGUGUCCUUGAACUCUGGCAAUGCCUCUCGGAGAGGUGUAUGGAAACCUCUGUUGCUCUCACCAUUUUUUGCCUCCGGCUUCCAGCCACCAGAAGACUGCUUAUGAGGGAAUGUAGGAUAGCUCAGUUGGUAGAGCAUGAGACAGGGUCAUGAGUUUGAGCUCCACGUUGGGCAAAAGAUUCCUGCCCUCGUGGACUCUUCCAACUCUAUGAUUCUAUGAGCCCAACUUAAAGCAAUAUAUUUUUAAAAAACUAAUGUCAUUUGCCUCUUCUUCCAUUCUUGGCUAAAGAGGCAGGCCAGUCUUUAGUGCCCCUGAGUGAUAACAACAGUAGGGCAAUGCCUUCAUUUCCAUUGAGGGCAUUGGUGGGGACCCUUGGGCCAAUUCCAUCCUGCCAAGCCUUAUUAGCUGGUCUUUAGCACUUUUCCUAGGCCACAUUCCUCACAGGCUCUGCUCCACACCAUCCUGAAGUGAAUUUGCUUGGCAGGAAUGUGUUCCUGCUGCUUGCCCAGAUGGAGAGAUUUGUAUGUAGAAACUGCUGACCUGUGUGACUCAAAUGCAGCCCCUGUCCAAAAACCAGAGUCCCCUUCCUUGCCCUGCCCACUUCCUUGUCUCCGGCUGCCCCAUUACCUCUGGCUUGCAGCCCCUGGAAGGCUGCCCAUGAAGGCAGUGUGUCUACUCCUAAUUUAGGGUUUUUAAAGGAGUCGUUUUACUUGUUGUGGAGGUUUUAUUUGGUUGAAUAAAGAGUGUAGGCGCAGUCUGCAAUUUUUCUGGGAAGGAGAUUUAUUUAGAGCAGCAGGGAGCUGAGCUCUAUAAGCUACCCCAUAAUAGCAAUUGUUUUUAUUGUCGGAUAUUCCACUUUUUGUUUUUGAAUUUAUUACUGCUGCUAGUAGCUGAAAGAGAGCGAGCAGUUUAAAUGGCAGAUGCAUGUUGCAAUAACACUCAGGCUGAGAGGGUCGGAAGAGAUAAUGCAAAUAAAUUACGGUACAUUCAAUUCGGCUCCUGCUUUGACGGAUGCCUGAUUCUGACUCAUAGGCCAAUCCUGGGCACUGCUUUGCUCAGCACAGCCUUGUGCUGCAGCACAGGAAAGUACUUCAAGGGAAGCAUAUGUGUUCAUGCACUGCAACAUUUUACAGGAAAUCCCCUAGCCUGCAGACUCUGGUCUACAUAGCACAGGGAGCUCUCUUAACAGUUCUUAAGCUGUUGGGGAUCUCCUUGGGGGGUCAUCUUGGCAUCAGCAGUACCACUUUAGUUCCUUUGUACUAGGUCAGACUUUUUCCUCCAUCUGUCGCCUGCUGUGAGUGGCAGCCAGUUUCCAGGGUCUCAGGCACAGGUCUCUCCCAUUAGAUGCUGCCUGAUCCUUUUAACUAGAGAUGCCAAGGAUGAAAACUGGGACCUGCUGAUUGCAAAGCAGGGAUCCUACUACUAAGUUCCACCAUGCACCAGCCAUUCCUAUUUUCUAGCAGCCAUCCCUGGAACUGCACAUUGUUUUUCCUAUUAGGGCCCCAUUUUUUUCUGGUGGAAUUGCUUUUUAAAAAUGUGGUUAGUGUGAAUGGUGGGGUGUAUGGGGUGUUAGGGAUGGAGUAGUACCUCUGGUGGGAGACGGGUCGGGCUCCUUCUGGGAUAGUUUGUCCACUUUUGGUUCCUAUCCUGCACUCAGCUCUCAUUUGUGGCUCUCAGAAGCUGCCAGCAUGCGAUAGCGGCCACACCCCGGGAAUGGCUUUGACUGGCCUGCUAAAGCAGGUGAGGGUUGCCGAUGGUCUCAAACACUCAGUGAGUUAGGGACUUGCCCUGCGUGCAAAGACAGGCUCUGGCAGAUUGAGUGGACGAGACCAAUAGUGGGUCCAACCGUCAAGAAAACUCUGAUCCUAAACCGUUGCUGCCUUGUGUGAUUUCAUUGGGAGAGGAAAAAAAGGCUGAGGAAUAAACCCUACAUCAGGCAUAGGCAAACUCGGCCCUACAGAUGUUUUGGGACUACAACUCCCAUCAUCCCUAGCUAACAGGACCAGCGGUCAGGGAUGAUGGGAGUUGUAGUCCCAAAACAUCCAGAGGGCCGAGUUUGCCUAUGCCUGCCCUACACCAAUCCAGAGUGGAGUCCCUGAGAUGGUUGGAUGGCGCUUUGUAUGCAUUAUUCUGGCACCUCCUGCAGCCCAGCUGGUGCCACGUGCUCUGCUUUCUUUCGCACCACAUCAGUGAGGCCAAGAGGGGUUUCUUGUCAUCUAGGCAGCUCAGGACCUCCAUACACACUUGCCCAGGCUUGGAGCCUGGUGCUGCUAACGCAGUGGUUUGACUUUAUCCCCGGAGGCACACUCCAUUGCCUCUUAAAGCAGAUGGAUGCAAACAACCUCAACAGAGUGAAUGGCUGCAGUGGCAACUCUCCAGUGUUUAGCUCCCUCCUUAGGAUCAAAUCUGUGACUGGGGCGUGGAUGUGUCCCAUUUCUAUUUGACAUACAAAAACGCAGAUGAGCUAUGUAUUGCAAGCCCAUAUGUCCUUACCCAGACCUGAGGUCUUCACCUGAGGCCUUUAUUGAAAUGUCUCAGCCCACUGAGCUGGCAGGUGGCUAAAAGUGAAAGGGUCUUUGUAAACGGGGUGCCAUUGCUUUUUUUUUUUUAAUCUUGUCACUUUCAACUCUGUUUUAGCUUUGUUGAUUUUUAUUCUUUGCUCUCUGUUCUGCUCCUGAUGUUACCUGAAGUUCUAAUGCCACGUUUUACAUUCUUGUCUUUUUAUUGUAUUAUAUUGGGGAUGGCCAACUAAAUCAUACUCAGAGUAGACCCUUUAAAAUCUCAGAGAACCUUUUGUCAUUGGGCAGCGCAUAAAUAACAUAAACAAAAUAAUAAACAAAUAAAUUAAAACUUCUCGUUUCAUAUGGUGGUGAGGUAUUUUUUAAAAUUACUUUUGAUAGCAGAUUCUAGUGUAAGCAUUAGCUUGGCUUUUAAAAGAGUGCAGGAUUGACCACAGCAAAUUCAAUUAAUUACUGUAUAGUUUAUUGCUAGCUUUAAACUAGUGUGAUGCACCUGUAAAAAAACACGGGAAAUGGUACGUUUGGUACAAGGUCUAGUGGCUACUUAAUCAAUUUUUGAGUUUUGAGGGGUUUUACAUAGACUUAAAAAGCUAAUCACACAGUGAUUAUAUCCUAAGGCACUUCGUCAAAAGGAUUAAGAGCUUGCUUUUAAUUUUAGACACCUGCAUGUAAUGAAGUGCUGAGAUUAGAUGAAUAUGCAGUCCAUAUUUACAUUUCUGGAAUUUGUACCAUUUUGUUUACUAAGCAGGACAGUUGUUUUCAAUUUAAACACAAAUAAAAUAUAUAAAGCAGCAGAUACUUGGCAUGCAACAGUCUGUUUCACUAAAAUAUCGGAAUCUCUAUUCAGGGCCGUAGCUAGGGGGUGGUGAGGAAGGCCCCCGCCAGGGGCCCAGGCAAGGAGGGGGCGCAAAAUCUGCUAAAAAUAUUUCCAUAAAUAUGUCUAUAAAUAAAAAUAUCAAUUAUUGCCUCUUAAAAAAAGGUUUUAAAUAGGGGGUAUUUAUAUGAUAUGCGGGGGCCCUGUCCCCCCCCACUUUUUUCUGUGCCACAUUCCCUAGGGGGUGCAAUCUGGACAGUUCUGCCAGGGGCACAAGAUCACCCAGCUACGGCUCUGUUUCUGUUCUGUGCUAAUCUCUGUGGAGCACAGACUGUUUUACUAUAGCCCUCACUCAGUUUCAGGGAUAUGAAGGGAUGAGCAAGGCCACACUUCCUGGCUCCAUUCUGUCAUUCCCCUGGGCUCCAUUCAUGUGUUACGGAAAGGCAUGUCUGAGGUUGAGUCCAUGCUCUGCACGCUUUGCCCUGGUUUGUAUAUCGCAUUAAACCAGGGGUGGGAAGACCUCAGUCCAUGGGCCACAUUUCCAUCUGUACAAUAUUUUGGGGGCCAGAUGCCAGGUGCCUGGAGCAUUGCAUUACCUCCCCCCCGCCUUGCUGCUGCUGUUGCUGCUGCAUCACACUGUUGACUCAUGUUAAGUUUGUGGUCCACCAGGAGCCGUAGAUCCCUUUCACAUGUACUACUGGUAAGCCAAGUGUCCCCCAUCUUAUAUCUGUGCAGCUGAUUCUUCCUGCCUAAAUGCUGAGCCUUACAUUUGUCCCUAUUGAAAUGCAUUUUGUGAGUUUGGGCCCAGUUCUCCAAUCUGUUAAGGUCUUCUGUUAAGGUGAUUCCCUGGGAGAUGGUGGUGGUUCUAGUGGACAGAAAUAGUUGGAGGUGCCUACAGGAGACUGGACAAGAGCCUUUUGCUGCAAACGUUGCCCUUACUUCAUUGCUUGAGUUGGAACCUCAUUUUCCCUAAUGGUAGGGCCUGCCUAUGGCCCAUUAAUCAAAAAUGCCUAACUCUUUUGGGCAAUGUAGUAAGUUCUUGAAUGCAAAUCUAUAUUCACUAAAUGACUUAACAGCCAUGGGUCCAAUGUAUUAUGUGGCAUGCCUUGAAGCUGACAAAUGGGGUGACAGCUUUGUGCAUCACUUAAGGGACAUUUGUUUUGUAAUGAAUUAGACAGAAUCAAAUCUUCUUCUUCAUCCUGAACACAUAAAUUAUUGCAAAUAGCAAGGCAGUAAAGAGGAAUUUGCAGGGUAAGUGCAGUCUGAAGCAGCCUUGUAAUGCAUUAUAUAACAAAUGAAAUUGGAAGACAACAAAUGAAGUGUCAUUGUAACACAUUGUUUUUCAAGGUCUCUGUUCCCCCUCCCUCGGUUCUGAUUUUCACCACAUGGUUGUGCCACUGAAAUCUAAGGCUGUCGUGUGAAAAAGCCUCAUGUUAUGGAGUUGGCUGCACAUUCAUUCACUGCAGGAAAUCCCUCCCUGGGCCUACAGGCAAUGCUGUUCUGAAAAGACUGAACUGGACUUCUUACAUUGAAAGUCAGACAAUUCCCUUUUCUAGCCAAGUUCCCCUUGACCAAGAGCGUGGAACCUUUUUCACCUCAAGGGACACUUUCCAGGGGUGGGCAGGGCUAAAGGCAAAAGUGGGUGGAGCAACAAAUGUGAUUUUUACCUUUGUACUUAGGCUAGUUCCUAUACAGCCUCACAUGCCCCUCCAUCCAUCCAGGGAAGCAGGAGGCAUGAUCAGAGCUCAAGGAUGCAUCCCACCUAGGCAAAAACACUCAAGGACCAGGGUGGGAAGAGUUCUAAGAGCCAGAUAGAGAGGGCCCAUAUCUGCCCUUGACAAACCGAAAGCUUUUUCCUUGCCCAGUGUUCAGAAAUGGCUCUUCUUUCCAUUAUCUCUUGAGGCAAUGGCUGUUGAGCACGUGGGGCAAAUGCAAACAAGAACCUAAAGAAAAUGUUUUGCAUUUGACAUCCAGUCUGUUCAAGUAAGAGACAUGCAUUUUUUUAAGGGCCAAACUCAGUGUGAUGUGGGAGACUGGCAAUGUCGUGUUUUCUUUCCCUUUGGUCAAAGCAGCCAUGGAACAGGUGUGAUUUGGAUUUGAGAGCUGGUGCAUGGCAGGAAGAAUUUAUCUCUCCCCCCACUCCAGUGGAUAUUCCAGUGGAAAUUGUGUCCCAAAGCUUCUAUUAGCUGAAGAGAGGAGGUGGGUAAGACAAGAGCCCCAGCCAUUCCUACUUUUAACCAAAGCGUGUAAAGAGAUAUUCAGAGAAAGAUUUUAGGAGCAGGGCCAUAGCUCCGUGGCUGAGCCUAUGCAUCACAUACAAGAAGCCCAAAGUCCAGUCCUUACUAUUUCCAGUUUUCAAGGACCAGCUAAGCAGAUGAUGGUGUAAACAAUUUAAGACCCUCAACAGUGGAUAAUUCUGGACUAGAUGGGUAAAUCAUCUGAUGGCAUAAAGUAGCUUCCUAAGCCGAGGAAUGUUAAUCUAGUUUGGCCUUCAGAGCUAUAGAUGCUGAGUAUUGUUAUAUUUAUAUAUUUUCUGGCAUGAUUGUUUUCAGAAGAUUUGAAUGCUACACACACACUGCACAUCACCCCACUUUUCAAAGGCUCAACAUUCCCCACUUUGCCACAAUUUUAUCUAGCUGAAAUGCUAAUGGGAAAAAAGCCCUGGUUCAGUGAACUAAUUGCUGGGUGAAUUGUAAAGGCUGUGCAUUUGACUCUAGGUGUGAGAGGCUGCGUUUUCUCCAUUAGGAGCAGCUGGCGUGUAUUUCCAUGAAAAAAUCUUUCUUUCUUUUUUUUUGUAGGGCUGCUAAUUGGUGCACUCCUACAGAAGUAUUUACUGGGUAUUUUUAGAAGUUGCCUCUGAAGGACUGAGAUGCUGUGGCUUUUCUGAAGCGUUGAUUCAGAAUGCUUUAGCGCUGUGUGUUAUGAACAAAAAAGGGAAAAUCUCUUAACAAGCAAGUGGCCCGUUUAGCAAAAACAAGCAAAGCAAGCAUCCAGGGGGAAAACAAAAACAAAACAGCAAUAUCUUGGCUGCAUUUGGAAAGGAAGGAAUAAAUGUACAUAAUGAAAUGGGCUGUUGCCUGCAAGAGGCUAUGCAAAAAAUAAGUGAGUCGACCAUAUUUGGGGUCAGAGGGUGGAGAUCACUUGGAGUAUGGAAGAUUAGGGGUAAGUGGGAGGUGGAAACGGAAGAGAGAAUAGAAUGACAGUUGGGAGUGAUGGUUGGAAUUUAUGUCAGAGGACUGUUGCAAGAGAGGGAGAGGGUGGGAAGCAGAGGUAUUAACUGACCGGGAAUAGGUUUCAGAGAUUAGUAGUUCUUACUAAUUCAUCCCACACUUCAGUUUACUUUGAAUUUGUUUUACUGCUCCUCAAAUAAACACUCUUGUCUGUUAACUGUGGGCAAAUGUCAGUGAAACCCCUGCACUGACAGAGAGUAUGAACAUGCUACCUGGGUAUCUACACAGUGCUUUUAGCACAGACAGCGACACAAGCCCCUUAAAGAGCUAAAAAAUGUUUUGCUGUCACAGCUAAGCAUAGCCACAAUUUAGGGAAAAGAAGUGCAAUGUCAGGUAAGGGAACUGAUCUCCCCGUUUUUUAUUUUUAUGGUAGGAAUAUAAAGUGUGGAAUUCAAUGUCACACUAAGGCGAUGGUUCCAUCAGCCCAAGUGUUUCUGCUUGCUUGAUGGAACAAUCUCCUCUCUCCUCCUUCCUGUUGGGUGUUCUGGGCAGACCUCCUGACCUUCCCAAGCAGUACUGAGGAGGAAACGGGGACAGAAGUGAGACGUGUGGAAAGUCCCAUUACACUAGUGGGACUCAUUGCAGUGUCUCCCACUAACACAACUAUUUAGUCGAACCUGGCCCAAACUAUGUAUAUAGGACUGUACAGGUUAUAUCUGAUGAAGAGGGAGUUACUUCUGAGUAGGCCUAGCCUUUGAAUAGCAGUUGCUGGGAACCACAAAGUGGGGAGAGGCCUGUUGUGCUCAGGCCCUGCUUGUUCCCAUAGGCAUUUGGUUGGCCACUGUGAGAACAGGAUGCUGGCCUAGACAGGCCUUUGGGCAGAUCUUGUGCUCUUAGGAUUGCACUAAGUUUUAGUCAGCUAUUAAAGGCAUCUAAGUUGGUGGCCAUUGAUGUAUCCUUUGGCAGAAAAUUCAUAAAUUAACCAAGAAUUUACAUGUGCUUAAACUAUAUAUAUAUAUAUAUAUAUAUAUAUAUAUAUAUAUAUGACGGUUAAAGUGCUAUGAGUAGGCUUCAACACCUCAGUACUUAGCAGCAUUGUGGGGGCAAAUUGAGGGAGUAGGCUGUCAAAUUGGUAGCAAGUUAAUUUUUUUUGUAAAGGUUGCAAUCUUUGUGAAGUAGGGUCAAAUGUAUUUUUCAAGAUGGUGUACUGUAAGUGAAAAGAUUGGAAAGUUAACUUUAGAAAGUUAAGCUGCAUUUUAAAAUUUUUAUCGUCAAAUAUCAAAAUUCUCUUUUUUCCUCUGUGUUCAGAAGGUUUUUGUCCUCUGGUGCCCUUUAAGGCUUGAUGCUACUUGGUGUUCCUAGAAGGCAAGGGGAUUUCUUUUUAACCUGAUGAUUUCAUCUUUUGCCUUCACCAAGUACUUGCCCAUUUGCUUUUAGGCACAUCCAAAGUCUGCUGCAGCACAGCUGCGGCUGGAUCUCAGUAAGUUGGCAGAUGAUGGGAGCAACAUCUGCGCCAUCAUGGACAAAAGAGGGUCCACUCGGGCAGAUACUAGUCUGGUCAUUGCAGCAUCCUUUCUUUCUUCAUAUGUUCAAAAGCAUUUUCUUGUUAGAGGGCAGCCAGCCGGGCAUGAACAUGGCUGCAGACGCUAACUUCAUUGCUUCUACUCAGAAAAUAUAUUCUCCUUUUCUUCCACAAAACAGGGCUUAGUCCCAGUUAAAUUCCUUAAGAAGCACUCUCUGGACCCAGAAGUGUGUGACAACUUCCACCCAGGUACUCAUGUUCUCACCAGUUGAGCCAUCCAGGCUUCAUAUCCCCUUUGAGGGCCCCAAACUCCAAAGGGUGGUGGCUGUUCAGUGCCAGGCAUACUUAAAGGAGGCCAAUUAGCUGGAUGCUUUUCAAUCCAACUUCAGACUUGGUUUUGGUAUGAAACAGCUUUGGUCAUCCUGACUGAUGAUCUGUCUGUAUUGGGAGAAGGAUGUGGAGAGUGUGACCCUGCUAAUUCCCCUCAUCUUGCAACAGACUUAAAUACCAUAGUAUCUUCCUGGAUCGGCUCUGUGGGCUGGGAAUCAAAAGAUAUGAGAUUCUGGUCGUUCUGCCUCUAGCUCCAGGACCAAGUUUGGGAACUUUUACUCAGCCCCAUGGCAAUUGUGCUGUGGGGUCUCACAGGGAUCCAGCUUGCCUCUCGUGUUAUUUAUGAUAGUUAAGAAGACAUUUGAAGUGAUUAUCAAGGGACUGGGGAUGAAGUGUCAUUGGUAUGCUGAUAACAUCCAACUCCAGCUCCCUUUUCCGUAAGAGUCAGGAGAAGCUGCUCUAGUGCUAAGUCAGAGUUUGGGGUGUCAAUGAAUUGGAUGAGGGCCAAUAAACUGAAGUUGGCUUCUGACAAGAUGGAGGUGUUGUAGAUCAGGUCUGAAAUUUGGAUGAUCAGCCUCUUCUGGAUGGCAUUGCAUACCCCUGAAGGAUCAGGUGCGUAGUCUGGGGUUCUUCUGUGAACCUUGCUGCUGGAGGCUCAUGGCUGUGGUGGUGCAGAGCAUCUGUAUCCCAGUUUGGCUGGUUUACUAGUUCUGGCUGUUCAGGGACAGGAAUACCUUAGUACAGUAAUCCAUGUGCCAGGGUUGACUAUGACAAUGUGAUCUUUGUGAGAUUGCUUUUGAACAGGGUUCAGAAAUUGCAGGUAGUGCGAAAUGCAGCUGAGAGAUUGCUGAUCAGCACAGCUGCAUGAAACCAUAGAACACGGUGCUUGAAAGAUCUGCACGGGCUACUUGUAGUGAACCAAAUUCAAGGUGCUUGUGUUAAAGCCCCAAACGGCUUGGGACUCCAUAAUCUGGAGGAGCAUUUGCCCCUGUGAGUUGCUGGAGAACUUCUUUUGGCUGUGCCAUCACCUAGUGAAAUCUUGAUGAUUUGAACUCUGGAUAUUAAUAUUAUCAUGUUAUUAUUCAUUAAAUUUAUAUACCACCUGUCAGGGGUUCAGGGACAGAGGCACAGGGUAGGGAGGAGAUGGAGAGCGAGGGGGAUGAAUCCCAGGACAGCGAGGAAGAGGAUGACAAUGACUCAAGAGAUUCCAUGAGUCUUUCCAGCGAAUCAGAGGAUUCCCAGAAGUGGGCGCCAGUGGUCAAGGCCAGGAGCCCCAGGGGGACGUGUCAGGAACAGGGGGCCAGCGGGGGAUCCCAAAGUGGCAGCUGGGCGUCAGGACCAGCCUCCCCACCAGAGUGCAGCGAAGGGGGUGGAGUUUCCAGUGUAUCAGGGGGAGCAGCUCCGGCAGCAGAGAAGGGAGGGAGGUCGGAGCAAGCCACCCUCCCGGAAGGGGAGGGGAGUAGUGAAGGGAGUAGUGUAACUGUCAAAAGGAAAGCCAGAGGUUGGGCGCGUGCGCCAAGUUCAAAUGUAGAGGCGCGCGGAAGUACAGGGAGCCCGGAGGAAGGGCCAGGUCCUAAAGCCCGCAGGAGGGGGGAAGAGCAGUCGGGGGAUAGCGCGUCAGGGGAAUCCAGGAGGGGCGAAACCCCAGCGGGCAGGAAGACCCUGAGGAAAAGGAAAGAGAGAAAGAGGUGGAGCAGCGCAAGGCUCUUAAACUGGUGCAGGGGAGGGACUGACUCAGAGGGGACUUCAACGGUCUAAGCGUACAGACGUGAGGCUGCGCGCCUCGGAUAUGAAGCAAACAAUGAACUGCAAUAAACACUUUUGUAUGUAAGAAGAGAUUGGCGUUGGUCUUUUGUGAGCUGAGACCUGAGGCAGCCUUGACACCACCCUUCACCCAAGUAUUUCAGGGUGGUUCACAAGAUAAAAAUGCAGGAUAAAAGCUCAAAAUAAAUAGGGCUUUUGGUAUACUCUUCCCAAAGCCUUUGAUUAAGAUAAAUCUUAGUUGUAUUAUAACCAUGAAAUUAUGUUAUAAAAUCUUGUUGCAAACAUUGUACUCUGUAUGCUUUGUCAUAUUCAAGCCAUUAUUGUUUCCACAACAGCUGCAUUAUUCCCACUAAAAUGUUGUGCAUUGUAACACAAGCGAAAAUUUCUACUCACCACCUUUCAAAAGAAAUUCCCGUGCAAAGCAAUUUCCAAUGUCAAUCAGGAAACAGAAGAGCAUACUUGUUAUGUCUUACAGUGCUGAAGUCUUUAUUGCAAGUCCUGUUCGCAUUAUUAUCAUUAGGAACAACACAAAGGGGAAUUAAGUUGAUUCUUCUGAACUCAACUGGUGAUCACUUGUCUUUUUCUAUCUGUUGUAUAAUGAAUGGAGGGAUGCAAACUGAGAUCAAAGCUGCACACAACAACAAAAUAAGACAGCCUCCCGCUGAUCCAGCAAGACAGAUCUGCUUAUGAAUGCAACCUUCUGCAUGCAUUUGCUGAUAUGGGUGUUCAUGUGGAUUCUCAUCAGAACACUAAUGAAUUGGAGAAAGCCAUUCUUAAAAACCAAAUAGACUUAUCAAAGUGUUGAGAAGAAUGAACAAUGAUCAAUCAGAUAGAGUGACCAAAGAGUGCAAAUAAUACAUCACAUAUAGCACUUCCACCCUCUUAGUGUCCAUGGGCAUUUUAAAAGAAAUCCUAGAGUUCCUUUUCAUAUAAGUAUCCAAGCUUGUGGUAGUCUAUGAACACAGAAACUGUUAAGUUGUGGGUGAACAUAUCAGACGACACAGCGAUUCUUCCAAAGCAGCUCUUUAUUUGUAAGCUGGAACAGAACUGAACUGAAGAGCUCAGUCAGCCUGCUUAUAUAGAGCUCCAGAACAACGUAACUGUAGCGACUUUCUAAAACUAUCCAAUCACUGAACGUCACUUUCGAUCCUUCAUUUGCAUACAAACUAUCCAAUCACUGAACGUCACUUUCGAUCCUUCAUUUGCAUAACUAUCUACAGUAUCCCCCUGCUGGCCCAGGGUGAGAACUUCAGUACAUAACAGAAACCAUCCUUCUGAUGGAAGAUAAAGGGAUGCCAUGUUUUAUGAAAGUCACCAGGUGUGGCAGUAUUUCACAAUAUCCCAUACAUGCACCUCUCUUUAAAGAGCUGGCAUAUGAGUCCUUCCAGCCUGCCAUUUCAUGAUCUCUCUCAUGUUGCCCCCAAAUCUUAUCACAUGUUCACAUUCCCUCUACAAGUGCCAUUAAUCCCAUGAGCCUUAUACCCCUUCAAGCACAGUGGAGACAUUUCCUUUUUAUUACCAGUGGGGAUGUGCAACUUGGGCACCAGACAUUAAUGCACAACUAGUUGCUUAUCUCUUCAGCAGAAUCAUGUCCCAUGAUGACAGGGGAGUUUGUUAACCUCGAGAGCCAGUGUGGUGUAGUGGUUAAGAGCGGUAGUCUCGUAAUCUGGGGAACCGUGUUCACGUCUCCGCUCCUCCACAUGCAGCUGCUGGGUGACCUUGGGCCAGUCACACUUCUCUGAAGUCUCUCAGCCCCGCUCACCUCACAGAGUGUUUGUUGUGGGGGAGGAAGGGAAAGGAGAAUGUUAGCCGCUUUGAGACUCCUUAAAGGGAGUGAAAGGCGGGAUAUCAAAUCCAAACUCCUCUUCUUCUUCUUCUUCUUCUUCUUCUUCUUCUUCUUCUUCUUCUUCUUCUUCUUCUAACAGAUGAAAUUAUUACUAGGAUUUUAUAUGCUGAUGCAAGUGCAGAAUUUGGCCAGGCAAUUUCCUUUAGAAACUGAGCAGAACCGGGCACUGAGUUAGAUGUGCAGAAGUGGCCUUGAUUUCAACAGAAUGCAAGUGCAUAUAAUAUAAUUGUACACUACGUUGUGAUUGCUAUAAAGAGUUGACAGUAAAAGGAACCAAUGAUAUGGCUGAGGGAAACAAGAUUUUGUGUGUAUGUGGUGGGGUCAAAAUUUGUGAAAACACGUUCCUAUCUCCCUCCUCUCCCACAACUUCCAGCGUCUAUACCUGCAGUGGACAAAUCAUACUGAGUCAGAUCGAUGUUAUUUGAGUCAAUUUGAAUUUAUCAAGGCUUUCAUAUCUAGUCCUUGGUGGCAUUUGCACACUAUCUAGCCAGAUGCAAAGGGCAUCGUUUAUCCAGAUAUCAUUUGUUUUCUUUGACACUCUCCAAAAGACUCUUGAACACUCCGACAUAAAGCUUCAGAGAACACUGUCACUCUGGGAUCAAUUAUAGAAGUUGGAAAGCAACUGUAGUGUAAAGAGAGCAUAACUUUUUUUUUUUUUAAUACUUCUAUCUGGAAGGGUUUUUUCUUUUUUGAAAACACUCCUCCUCACAGAGGCCGUGAAAAUAAAAGUAGUUUUUAUGUGUCACCUGAUAUCUAGCAAUCAGAUAUAAAUGCAGAAAGCAACCACACCUUUUCCCUGAAGUAAUCUUUAUCUUCCUGCCUCCUUUCCUCCCUUGUCGUUAUAUCACUUUGGCUUUUGACCUGCAACCACUUGUAUUAUUACCUCAAGAAAAUUGAAUUCUGUAUAUGACACAAUAGGGGAAGCACGUGCUUUUGACAACAUAUGGGAUAAAGGAAAAUGUUACCUGUAACUGCUGUAGCCUUCCCCCUCCUCCAAAGCUGAUUCCUAUAAGUCAAAAAUUAGGUCAAUAACAUUUUGUGUUUCCAACGUUUGAUUGGAAAAUCUUUAUCCUUUGAUUUUUCUGUGGCUUCUCAAAGUACUUGCUUUUGAACCAUGUAUUUUACAACAUGUUGCCCUUGAAAGGCAGUUGUUAAGCAAUCUGCACACCUCUACAGUACUUCCUGUUGAAAUAUAUUGAUUUCCUCUUUGGCUGUGCUAAGCUAAUAUGAGAAAAAAGUGGAAGUCUCUUCUGAGAAAUAGCUUCAGGGAUCUCUAAUAUGGUUCCAGUAGCCUACAUGACACACCUAUUAUUAUUAUUAAAAAGACUUGUAUUUGUCUAGUACAGUCGUACCUUGGUUUUUGAACAGCUUAGUUCGCGAACAACUUGGAACUUGAACGCCGCAAACCCAAAAGCAGGUGUUCUGGUUUGCGAACUUUGCCUCGGAAGCCGAAUGUCCGGCGCAAUUUCCAAUUGGCUGCAGGACAAUCCUGCAGCCAAUCGGAAGCAUUGCCUUGGUUUCUGAAUGUUUCGGAAGUCGAACAGACUGUUGGAACCCAUUUUGUUUGAAAACCAAGGUACGACUGUAUUAGCUAAAAAAUAUAUUGAGCUUUUAUGAAGGCAUCAAAUUGUCCGCCAUAAAAUCAUGUGUGUGUUUUUUUAAAGGUAUACUGUCCACCUGUGCAGAAACUUAUAAAAUCUCCAUUUAGAACAGGAGUGGGAAAUUUCAGGCCCAUAGGCCACACAUGGUCCUCCAGACCUCCCUAUGUAGCCUACAGGCUUCUCCUCAGGUCACAUUCCUCACUACCUUGCUUUGCCCUUCCUUGCAUGGUUUUUGCCUGGCUGGAAUGUGUCCUUGAACUCUGAGAAUGUCUCUUGCUUGCUGGGAUGGAGGAUACAGAGGUAUGUGUAGAAACAUGCAAAGAUGUAAAAUUUUACCUGUACAAAGGUAAAAUAUAGUUGCUCUACUCACUUUUGCCUCUGGCACCUCCCACCACUGGGGUGUGGUUCCCCCCCACCAGGUGCCCAGAACUGAAUAAGGCUUCAGACUGAAAAAAGGUCCCCAGACCUGGAAGUAAUCUAGGAACAGCUCCACAAGGUGGAAAUACAAGAUCUAGGAAUGUUAUAAAUAAAUGAAUAAGCAAGCUGGUAAGAUCUGCUGUAGACAGAAUGGAUAAGCAACCCCCCCUAUUUUUAAUUUUAAAAAGGUUAUUUAUUUAUGUAUGCUACUACUACUACGGCCUGUGUUUUGUUAGCCCCCAAAUGGAAAACGAGUAAGGUCCCAACUAAAGAAUGGCAACUUACGUUGACAGAAUAUGCACAACUUGCAGACUUAACAUAUAGAAUAAGAGAGCAGGAAGAACAUACGUUUAAAGAAGAUUGGAAAACAUUUAUUGAAUAUAUGGGAAAUAACUGUAUACAGCUGAAAACGCUGGCAGCAUUAAGAUAAGUUCAACAGUAUAAACAAUUUUUGAUGGAUGCAAUAAUGGAAUACUGAGUGGUAUAGUUUUUGUAAAACGUUCAGGGAUUUAUGAUAUGUAAAAUGAACCAUGGAAAAAGAAGAAGGGAAGUCAUUGACAUCUAAAGGAUGUAAAAUGAGUAUUUUAAAUUGUAAAACAGAAAACUUAAUAAAAAUUAUGUAUAGAUAUGAUAAGCAAAUCUAAACAGUGAGGGAGGUAACUGAACCUCCCAAGGAAGGGACAACUCCCUGUCUUGUGGUACCAGACAACAGGCCUUGGUUGGCAGACCUGGGCGAGGCGUGCUAUAUUUAUUGGGUAUUCUAGAUUUUUAUCUGCUGUGCUAUUUAUUGACAACUUCUUUACUGCGGUGGUGGCGGGGGGGGGGGGAGAGAAAUCCAAUGACAAUACUGUAUCAAGGCUAUAGUUUUUUUCUAAAUUUGUAAAAGGUUUCUUUUCUUUUCCAGCUUCCAUGACGAAUGGGCUGGAGGCAUCACAGAGACCGGCUGUUUUGGAGAAAACAAUUUACAUAGCAAAGCAGCCAAACCCAGCAGUGCACUUGGUAGACAGCUGGGACCGGGGCAUAAUGUUGCCAUACAUACCAUAAGUACGAUACAUGUUGUCGAGGUCUAUGGGCACGAAAAGGACCCGCAGGGGACAAUGGAUACUCAUUUACCUGGAUAGGCAGUCUCAUAAACGCAACGAAGGAUUUGCUGGACCAAAGCCAAAUGUGAAUAGAGAUACCUGCUGAAUGUGCCUUAAAACACUGUAUAGAAAUGAAUCACUGCAUUGUUCCCAUGUAUCAGUUACAAUAAACGCCAGAAUAUCGACAGAUUUAACAGAUCUGACAAAUGUUAUUUGAAAAUGCAUUCUGUUUUUUUGUUUUUAAAUUAAACAGUACAUCUCAGAAUUUAACAGCAAACCAUUUCUGCAAUUUGCUUUCCCAAAAAGAAGGUGAUCCUAUCAUGAAAACAAGGAAGCACGUAUAUCCGGUAUAUGUUUCUGUAUCCCUGUUCUUAACAGUUUGUACUUUUGCUGCCUGUGAAGGUUUUUGACAGCAACAAGGACAAAUGCACAUGACUGCGAAUUUAUUUUAUCCUCUGUUUUUAUAAGCAUAUCAGAUAAUACAUGAAAUGUAUUUUUUCACAAUAAAUAUGAGGGGAU